AGUCUGCAAGACAUCUCUAGAAGACGUUCAGCAGUCACAGACCUGGCCUAUGAACUUGCUGUACUCCUGUUUGAUGCAGCUGUACACUGUGUUGUAGAAGUGCCUGUCUGUCGCCAUGACAUCGGUGACUAUCUCUGUGUGGUCCAUUUUAGGCAUGAGGUACAGGGACACCUUGAUUGACAGGGAGGUGAGCAGCUCAGAGAACCUCUGGGAAGAUGCCACCGGAACUAUGAUGUCGUUGGUCCCGUGGAGCAAGCAGAAAGGUGGCACUCUGUAGAAUUGAAAAAAUUACGAGUUGGGGGUUGACGCACACCCAAAAUAGACUAACAGACUAGCCCUGUAGAACUGAACAGGAAGAAAGACAACUGUUUUUCUCUAAAAAUCAAUCAAUCAAUGCAAAACAAAAAUCUAAUAAGAAAUCAUAUUUCCUGGUUUUGGCGUUCACCUACAGUUGAAGUCGGAAGUUUACAUACACCUUAGCCAAAUACAUUUUAACUCAGUUUUUCACCAUUCCUGACAUUUAAUCCUAGUAAAAAUUCCUUGUUUUAGGUCAGUUAGGAUCACCACUUUAUUUUAAGAAUGUGAAAUAUCAGAAUAAUAGUAGAGAGAAUGAUUUAUUUCAGCUUUUAUUUCUUUCAUCACAUUCCCAGUGGGUCAGAAGUUUACAUACACUCAAUUAGUAUUUGGUAGCGUUGCCUUUAAAUUGUUUAACUUGGGUCAAACGUUUCAGGUAGCCUUCCACAAGCUUCCCAUAACAAAUUGGGUGAAUUUUGGCCCAUUCCUCCUGACAGAGCUGGUGUAACUGAGUCAGGUUUGUAGGCCUCCUUGCUCGCACACGCUUUUUCAUUUCUGCCCACAAAUGUUCUAUAGGAUUGAGGUCAGGGCUUUGCGAUGGCCACUCCAAUACCUUGACUUUGUUGUCCUUAAGCCAUUUUGUCACAACUUUGGAAGUAUGCUUGGGGUCAUUGUCCAUUUGGAAGACCCAUUUGCGACCAAGCUUUAACUUCCUGACUGAUGUCUUGAGAUGUUGCUUCAAUAUAUCCACAUAAUUUUCCUUCCUCAUGAUGCCAUCUAUUUUGUGAAGUGCACCAGUCCCUCCUGCAGCAAAGCACCCCCACAGCAUGAUGCUGCCACACCGUGCUUCACAGUUGGGAUGGUGUUCUUCGGCUUGCAAGUCCCCCUUUUUCCUCCAAACAUAACGAUGGUCAUUAUGGCCAAACAGUUCUAUUUUUGUUUCAUCAGACCAGAGGACAUUUCUCAAAAAAAGUAUGAUCUUCGUCCCCAAACCGUAGUCUGGCUUUUUUAUGGCGGUUUUGGAGCAGUGGCUUCUUCCUUGCUGAGCGGCCUUUCAGGUUAUGUCGAUAUAGGACUUGUUUUACUGUGGAUAUAGAUACUUCUGUACCUGUUUCCUCCAGCAUCUUCACAAGGUCCUUUGCUGUUGUUCUGGGAUAGAUUUGCACUUUUCGAACCAAAGUACGUUCAUCUCUAGGAGUCAGAACGCGUCUCCUUCCUGAGCGGUAUGACGGCUGCGUGGUCCCAUGGUGUUUAUACUUGCGUACUAUUGUUUGUACAGAUGAACGUGGUACCUUCAGUCGUUUGGAAAUUGCUCCCAAGGAUGAACCAGACUUGUGGAGGUCUACAAUCUUUUUUCUGAGGUCUUGGCUGAUUUCUAUUGAUUUUCCCAUGAUGUCAAGCAAAGAUGCACUGAUUUUGAAGGUAGGCCUUGAAAUACAUCCACAGGUACACCUCCAAUUGACUCAAAUGAUUUCAAUUAACCUAUCAGAAGCUUCUAAAGCCAUGACAUCAUUUUCUGGAAUUUUCCAAGCUGUUUAAAGGCACAGUCAACUUAGUGUAUGUAAACUUCUGACCCACUGGAAUUGUGAUACAGUGAAUUAUAAGUGAAAUAAUCUGUCUGUAAACAAUUGUUGGAAAAAUUACUCGUGUCAUGCACAAAGUAGAUGUCCUAACCGACUUGCCAAAACUAUAGUUUAUUAACAAGAAAUUUGUGGAGUGGUUGAAAAACGAGUUUUAAUUUUUCCAACCUAAGUGUAUGUAAACUUCCGACUUCAACUGUACUUGUUCUUGCCCUGUGCAUUUAGAGGGUUAGGAUCAUCGGAAACCGUUGACAACACUACAUAAAGAGAGACACCACAACACUACAUAAAGAGAGACCUAAGACAACAACACAGCAUGGCAGCAACACCACAUGACAACACAACAUGGUAGCAACACCACAUGACAACAACAUGGCAGCAACACAACAUGGCAGCAGCACAACAUGGUAGCAGCACAAAACAUGGUACAAACAUUAUUGGGCAACAGACAACAGCACAAAGGGCAAGAAGGUAGAGACAACAAUACAUCACGCGAAGCAGCCACAACUGUCAAUAAGAGUGUCCAUGAUUGAGUCUUUGCAUGAAGAGAUGAAGAUAAAACUGUCCAGUUUGAGUGUUUUUUUGCAGCUCGUUCCAGUCGCUAGCUGCAGCGAACUGAAAAGAGGAGCGACCCAGGGAUGUGUGUGCUUUGGGGACCUUUAACAGAAUGUGACUGGCAGAACGGGUGUUGUAUGUGGAGGAUGAGGGCUGCAGUAGGUAUCUCAGAUAGGGGGGAGUGAGGCCUAAGAGGGUUUUAUAAAUAAGCAUCAACCAGUGGGUCUUGCAUCGGGUAUACAGAGAUGACCAGUUUACAGAGGAAUAUAGAGUGCAGUGAUGUGUCCUAUAAGGAGCAUUGGUGGCAAAUCUGAUGGCUGAAUGGUAAAGAACAUCUAGCCACUCGAGAGCAACCUUACCUGCCGAUCUAUAAAUUACGUCUCCGUAAUCUAUCAUGGGUAGGAUGGUCAUCUGAAUCAGGGUUAGUUUGGCAGCUGGGGUGAAAGAGGAGCGAUUACGAUAGGGGAAACCAAGUCUAGAUAUAACCUUAGCCUGUAGCUUUGAUAUGUGCUGAGAGAAGGACAGUGUACCGUCUAGCCGUACUCCCAAGUACUUGUAUGAGGUGACUACCUCAAGCUCUAAACCCUCAGAGGUAGUAAUCACACCGGUGGGGAGAGGGGCAUUCCUUUGUUUUGGAGAUGUUCAGAACAAGGUUAAGGGCAGAGAACGCUUGUUGGACACUAAGAAAGCUUUGUUGUAGAGCGUUUAAUACAAAAUCCGGGGAGUGGCCAGCUGAGUAUAAGACUGUAUCAUCUGCAUAUAAAUGGAUGAGAGAGCUUCCUACUGCCUGAGCUGUGUUGUUGAUGUAAAUUGAGAAGAGCGUGGGGCCGAGGAUCAAGCCUUGGGGUACUCUCUUGGUGACAGGCAGUGGCUGAGACAGCAGAUGUUCUGACUUUAUACACUGCACUCUUUGAGAGAGGUAGUUAGCAAACCAGGCCAAAGACCCCUCAGAGACACCAAUACUCCUUAGCCGGCCCACAAGAAUGGAAUGGUCUACCGUAUCAAAAGCUUAAUAAAAAUAGCAGCACAACAUUGCUUAGAAUCAAGGGCAAUGGUGACAUCAUUUAGGACCUUUAAGGUUGCAGUGACACAUCCAUAACCUGAGCGGAAACCAGAUUGCCAAUAACCAAUAUUCAGAACCAGUUCGUUAGAUAUUGAAAAAUGUUUUUACAAAUCUAUCUACACAAACAGUACCUGUGCAACAAUAGUAAUCAUAUGACUUCUUAUUUUUUAAAUGAGCACCUUAUAAACUGCACAAGCACCAAAAAGCCUCUUGUUUUGACAAUUGAUUAGAAGGGGAAAUAAGGUUGUACACGCUGUCUUUUUUUUUUACAUCACUGGUUAGAGAACAACUUGCAGAAGACAGUGAGAUACAUUUUUGGAGUGAGUCCUUCUAGACCUGUCUGCUGCCUUUGAUACUGUGAACCAUCAGAUCCUCCUCUCCACCCUCUCCGAGCUGGGCAUCUCCGGCUCGGCUCACUCUUGGAUUGCGUCCUACCUGACCGGUCGCUCCUACCAAGUGGCGUGGCGAGAAGCUGUCUCUGCACCACGUGCUCUCACCACUGGUGUCCCCCAGGGCUCAGUUCUAGGCCCUCUCCUAUUCUCGCUAUACACCAAGUCACUUGGCUCUGUCAUAUCCUCACAUGGCCUCUCCUAUCAUUGCUACGCUGACGACACACAACUAAUCUUCUCCUUUCCCCCUUCUGAUAACCAGGUGGCGAAUCGCAUCUCUGCAUGUCUGGCAGACAUAUCAGUAUGGAUGACGGAUCACCACCUCAAGCUGAACCUUGGCAAGACGGAGCUGCUCUUCCUCCCGGGGAAGGACUGCCUGUUCCAUGAUCUCGCCAUCACGGUUGACAACUCCGUUGUGUCCUCCUCCCAGAGUGCGAAGAGCCUUGGCGUGACCCUGGACAACACCCUGUCGUUCUCCGCUAACAUCAAGGCGGUGACCCGAUCCUGUAGGUUCAUGCUCUACAACAUUCUGAGAGUACGACCCUGCCUUACACAGGAAGCGGCACAGGUCCUGAUCCAGGCACUUGUCAUCUCCCGUCUGGAUUACUGCAACUCACUGUUGGCUGGGCUCCCUGCCUGUGCCAUUAAACCCCUACAACUCAUCCAGAAUGCCGCAGCCCGUCUGGUGUUCAACCUUCCCAAGUUCUCUCACGUCACCCCCCUCCUCCGCACACUCCACUGGCUUCCAGUUGAAGCUCGCAUCUGUUACAAGACCAUGGUGCUUGCCUAUGGAGCUGUGAGGGGAACGGCACCUCCGUACCUUCAGGCUCUGAUCAGUCCCUACACCCAAACGAGGGCAUUGCGUUCAUCCACCUCUGGCCUGCUGGCUCCCCUUCCUCUGCGGAAGCAUAGUUCCUGCUCAGCCCAGUCAAAACUGUUCGCUGCUCUGGCACCCCAAUGGUGGAACAAGCUCCCUCACGACGCCAGGACAGCGGAGUCACUCACCACCUUCCGGAGACAUUUGAAACCCCACCUCUUUAAGGAAUACCUGGGAUAGGAUAAAGUAAUCCUUCUACCCCUCCCUUACCCCAACCCACCACCCCCCCAAAAAUUUUUAAAAACAAAAAUACAAAAAAAAAUACUUUGUAAAGUGGUUUUCCCACUGGCUAUAAGGUGAAUGCACCAAUUUGUAAGUCGCUCUGGAUAAGAGCGUCUGCUAAAUGACGUAAAUGUAAAUGUAAUGCGUUUUUAUUUGGGGGUCGCCAAAACGGAAAGAGAAACGCAACACUUAUUUGUCAAUAACUCGUAUCAAUAUCAUGCUGAAAUCAAUUAUGCGAGAGGGAAAGAUGCACGUCCUGUUGAAACUAACACAGCUCAUAAAACACACGGAAUCUGGGAAUAAUGUGUACAUCACUGGUUAGAGGACAAUUUGUAGAAGACAGUUAGCUACAUUUUGAAGUGUUGCAUUUUGAUUCAAGUGGGCCACCAACGCGGUAAAUGUAAUGCAACAAUUUUUUUUGUUAAUCACUUCCAUAGAUAUCACGCUGAAAUCAAUAGAAGAGGGGGAAAACAAUAGAAGAGGGGAAAACGUUUGGGGUGUAACGCUGUUUAUACAUGGUUGGUUAGAUGAGAACUUGUAGAAGGCUUAUAUCUAUAUUUUGGAAUGGUGGAUGUUGGUGGAUGUUGAUGCCCCCCCCCCUAAUUUCCACUCCAUUCAUAUGCAAAUAAUCUACACGAAUUUAAGUGGAGUUAGUGACAUCAAUAAGGGAUCAUAGCUUUCACCUGGAUUCACCUGGUCAGUCUAUCUCAUGGAAAGAGCAGGUGUUCUUAAUGUUUUUCCCACUCACAAACUAUUGCAACAAUGACAUCUACUUCUCACUCAUUUAACCAUUUAGAGUUUUAAAAUCCUCUCAAACUAAAUGUAACCGGGCGCUCUAGACUGGAGCCUCCAUAGUGUCUGUGCAGCAGGCUGAACGUUUGACGUCCGUAUCUGUAGACUAUCUUGUGAUUGUCAUAGCAGCUAAAUGCAUUAUACAUUUACAUUACAUUACAUUUUAGUCAUUUAGCAGACGCUCUUAUCCAGAGCGACUUACAUGAGCAAUUAGAGUUAAGUGCCUUGCUUAAGGGCACAUCGACAGAUUUUUCACCUAGUCGGCUCGGGGAUUAGAACCAGCGACCCCGAAAGGUCGUUGAGCUGCUCCGACAGCCCCUGGUAAAAGGCCGCUUGUAGAGACUCCUCAUUCCACCCACUCUCCACAGCCAAAGUCCUGAACUCGAUCACGAAGUCGGCAACGCUGCGAGUUCCUUGGCGAAGCGAAAACAGGCGCCUAGCUGCGUCCAUACCUUGGACGGGAUGGUCAAAUAGCUUCCUCAUCUCGGCCGUGAACUCCUGGUAUGAAGCCAUGCAGGUGUCCUGUCGUUCCAAAACGGCUGAAGCCCACUCCAGAGCUCGACCACGCAGCAACUCAAUGACAAAGGCUAUCCUAGCCUUGUCUGUGGCAUAAGAGUGGGGCUGUAGAUCGAACACUAAUCCACACUGCAUAAGGAAAGAACGGCAUCUUCCCAACUCCCCCUCAUAUUUAUCAGGCGUCGGAACCUUGGGCUCACGGAAGGGCACAGCUCCAGAAGCGGCAGGCGAGAUGGGUGAAACCGGUCGUGGAUUCUCCACCGGCAACCUGAGCUGAGCCUGGAUCUUCGUCAGACUGGUAGAAAAGUUCCGAACGGACAAUGCUAUCUCCUGUAGUGCCGUGCUAUGUUGUCCCAACAUCUUCUCCUGAUGGGUAAUGGCAUGGCGAACAGAGUCCAGGUCCGCUGGGUUCAUUUCUGGCUGGAUCGUUCUGUCACGGUUUACUAAGCCAGAACCCAGAAGCAGACCAGGACAAGGUGAGUAGAAACGAAGGUGAGUAUUUAUUUAACAGAUUCAAAAAACGAUGUAGAAUAAUCCAGGGGACAGAGCGGGCGGCGGAGAUGAGUUGGUGGAGGUGCAGUGGCAGAUCCAAGAAUGGCUCGGCAGCCGCCGACAACCAGGCAGGGGUUGGGUGAAGGUUCCGGGAGAUUGACUGCAGAUAGAAACAAAACGGAGGUAAGUACACGGCAAGCCAACAAGGUGCAAAACAACAAAACUAACGCUAGAAACUCCAAGGCUGAUACACUGACAAACAUACUGUUCAUGGCUAACGAUCCGGCAGGGAAUGGAUGUCAGGUCAGGGGCUUAAGAAGGGUGAUGAUCAGAACCAGGUGUGCAGACCGCUGAUGAGAUGCAGGUGCGGUUAAUCGGGAGAUCUCCCGCCUAGCAACAUCGCCCGGCAACCAGGCCGGGAGCGUUCACGAACCCUCAGGAAACUGGAGAUUCCGAGCAGAAAAAUGGCAACACAGGCAGAAACCGACUCAGGAUGCAGGGUUCAUGACAGUUAUAGAUGUGUAGUGUGAUGGAGUCAUGGUUAUAGAUGUGUAGUGUGAUGGAGUCAUGGUUAUAGAGGUGUAGUGUGAUGGAGUCAUGGUUAUAGAGGUGUAGUGUGAUGGAGUCAUGGUUAUAGUGGUGUAGUGUGAUGGAUUCAUGGUUAUAGAUGUGUAGUGUGAUGGAGUCAUGGUUAUAGAGGUGUAGUGUGAUGGAGUCAUGGUUAUAGAUGUGUAGUGUGAUGGAGUCAUGGUUAUAGAUGUGUAGUGUGAUGGAGUCAUGGUUAUAGAUGUGUAGUGUGAUGGAGUCAUGGUUAUAGAUGUGUAGUGUGAUGGAGUCAUGGUUGUAGAUGUGUAGUGUGAUGGAGUCAUGGUUAUAGAUGUGUAGUGUGAUGGAGUCAUGGUUAGUGUAGUGCAACAGGUAGCCUAGCGGUUAAGAGCAUUUUGGCCAGUAACUGAAAGGUCGCUGGUUCAAAUCCCAGAGCCGAUUAGGUGAAAAAUCUGUUUGUGCCCUUGAGCAAGGCACCUAACCCUAAUUGGUCUUGUAAGUUGCUCUGGAUAAGAGCAUCUGCUAAAUGGCUAAAAUGUACAUGACAAAUAGGAAUAGAAUAGGUUCAGAUGAGUUAGCCCUAAUCUUUAAUGGUCAGUGCAAUCCAGCGCCCUACCCUAACCCAAAUAACCAUAACCCUUACCUAACCUUAACCCUUACCUUAACCAUUUCAACUUCAAUGGGGUAGGGACGUCCCAAGGAUCUUGGAUAGCGCGGACCAAUCUUUCAUAGGCUAGCUAAUCAAAAAUAUUUGUUUCAUUUUUCAAAGUCGCCCAGUGUUCACUGCUAAAUCAUCUUGCAGGAUGGUGUAAGGAGGGGGCACUCACACAGAAGGCGGAGCUAUAUGAUGCUCGAAGUGACUGCGGGCGGAGCUAUAUGAUGUUCAGAGUGACUACGCUUGCUCUCUCUCUCACACACACAAGUGGAGAGAGUAGGUUCACUUCUGAAUGAUUGAGUGAAGUGGUCGAAUAAUACGUGACCAAAAUCUCAAGACCAACCAAUCUGUAAAUAUGUAAACGGCCGGACUACACCUUCGAGAAUAUUAUUGAAUGGAAAACAUGGAAUUCCCUAUAAGAAACACCAAGAAGCUGUGGUUUUGCGCGCUGUUGUGGUCGUUUUUAAGCGAACUGGCACUGGGAGGUAAGAGCUCUGAAAGUUUGGACUUCUCGCAGGCGAGAUUGAUUCCUAUCUAUUCUGUAGCCUGUUGUAUGUUUGUGUUUUUUUGUGUGUCUAUGCUUUUGAUACUGUAAUUCAUUAAUUGGGGUCUUAGCAAGCGUUAUUACGCACACGGGUUUCUCCCUUUGUAUCGGGGAAAUAACUGCCUUCACUGCUUAGCCUAUAGGACAAUGGUUCCGAGCUUACAGACGAGUUUUGAUUUUAUUUGGAUUUUUCACGUUAUUCUAACUCAGGGAUGGGGCAACUGGCGGCACCUCGGGUAAAACAAUUAUAAUAAUAAUACUCAGUUGGGGUCUCAAAUUACUGUUGCAGGUUAGAAUAGUAGAAUACACAAGGUGCGAUUUCGAAAUUUGGUUCAGCAUCAGCAGUUUUUCUCAGGGGGCAACUUUGGUUUUAGAAUUGUGAAUUACAUUUACAUUUACAUUUAAGUCAUUUAGCAGACGCUCUUAUCCAGAGCGACUUACAGUUAGUGAAUACAUUUUUUUUUUUAUACUGGCCCCCCGUGGGAAUCGAACCCACAACCCUGGCGUUGCAAACGCCAUGCUCUAUCAACUGAGCUACAUCCCUGCCGGCCAUUCCCUCCCCUACCCUGGACGACGCUGGGCCAAUUGUGCGCCGCCCAUGAGUCUCCCGGUCGCGGCCGGCUGCGACAGAGCCUGGAUUCGAACCAGGAUCUCUAGUGGCACAGUUAGCACUGUGAUGCAGUGCCUUAGACCACUGCGCCACUCAGGAGCUUGAAUUGUGUGUGUGUGUGUGUGUGUGUGUGUGUGUGUGUGUGUGUGUGUGUGUGUGUGUGUGUGUGUGUGUGUGUGUGUGUGUGUGUGUGUGUGUGUGUGUGUGUGUGUGUGUGUGUGUGUGUGUGUGUGUGUGUGUGUGUGUGUGUGUGUGUGUGUGUGUGUGUGUGUGUGUGUGUGUGUGUGUGUGUGUGUGUGUGUGUGUGUGUGUGGGGGGGAGUGGGCCUUCACAUCAAUACACAGCAGACUGAGUUCAGGUGGGCCUUCACAUCAAUACACUGCAGACUGAGUUCAGGUGGGCCUUCACAUCAAUACACUGCAGACUGAGUUCAGGUGGGCCUUCACAUCAAUACACUGCAGACUGAGUUCAGGUGGGCCUUCACAUCAACACACUGCAGACUGAGUUCAGGUGGGCCUUCACAUCAACACACUGCAGACUGAGUUCAGGUGGGCCUUCACAUCAACACACUGCAGACUGAGUUCAGGUGGGCCUUCACAUCAAUACACUGCAGACUGAGUUCAGGUGGGCCUUCACAUCAAUACACUGCAGACUGAGUUCAAGUGGGACUUCACAUCAAUACACUGCAGACUGAGUUCAGGUGGGCCUUCACAUCAAUACACUGCAGACUGAGUUCAAGUGGGCCUUCACCUCAAUACACAGCAGACUGAGUUCAAGUGGGCCUUCACAUCAAUACACAGCAGACUGAGUUCAGGUGGGCCUUCACAUCAAUACACUGCAGACUGAGUUCAGGUGGGCCUUCACAUCAAUACACUGCAGACUGAGUUCAGGUGGGCCUUCACAUCAAUACACUGCAGACUGAGUUCAGGUGGGCCUUCACAUCAACACACUGCAGACUGAGUUCAGGUGGGCCUUCACAUCAACACACUGCAGACUGAGUUCAGGUGGGCCUUCACAUCAACACACUGCAGACUGAGUUCAGGUGGGCCUUCACAUCAAUACACUGCAGACUGAGUUCAGGUGGGCCUUCACAUCAAUACACUGCAGACUGAGUUCAAGUGGGACUUCACAUCAAUACACUGCAGACUGAGUUCAGGUGGGCCUUCACAUCAAUACACUGCAGACUGAGUUCAAGUGGGCCUUCACAUCAAUACACAGCAGACUGAGUUCAAGUGGGCCUUCACAUCAAUACACUGCAGACUGAGUUCAGGUGGGCCUUCACAUCAAUACACUGCAGACUGAGUUCAGGUGGGCCUUCACAUCAAUACACUGCGGACUGAGUUCAGGUGGGCCUUCACAUCAAUACACUGCAGACUGAGUUCAGGUGGGCCUUCACAUCAAUACACUGCAGACUGAGUUCAGGUGGGCCUUCACAUCAAUACACUGCAGACUGAGUUCAGGUGGGCCUUCACAUCAAUACACUGCAGACUGAGUUCAAGUGGGCCUUCACAUCAAUACACUGCAGACUGAGUUCAGGUGGGCCUUCACAUCAAUACACUGCAGACUGAGUUCAGGUGGGCCUUCACAUCAAUACAAUGCAGACUGAGUUCAGGUGGGCCUUCACAUCAAUACACUGCAGACUGAGUUCAGGUGGGCCUUCACAUCAAUACACUGCAGACUGAGUUCAGGUGGGCCUUCACAUCAAUACACAGCAGACUGAGUUCAGGUGGGCCUUCACAUCAAUACACUGCAGACUGAGUUCAGGUGGGCCUUCACAUCAAUACACUGCAGACUGAGUUCAGGUGGGCCUUCACAUCAACACACUGCAGACUGAGUUCAGGUGGGCCUUCACAUCAAUACACUGCGGACUGAGUUCAGGUGGGUCUUCACAUCAAUACACUGCAGACUGAGUUCAGGUGGGCCUUCACUUCAAUACACUGCAGACUGAGUUCAGGUGGGCCUUCACAUCAAUACACUGCAGACUGAGUUCAGGUGGGCCUUCGCGCUUCAACAAACAAAGGAACGGAGGGUUGCUCAACAAUGACAAAAAUCAUGGGAAGGGCUUACUAAGAAAAACAUCCAAAAGGACUAAUUUGAGGUAGAAAGGAGUUGGAGCACUCCACAAAAAAAAGCAGAGAUUUAUUUAUUUUAGCUCACUUUAAUCCACUGUACAGGAUGUGAACAGGUGACUGACGUUUCGACGUCAAGCCGUCACUGCAGACUGAAUCUGAACUUUUGAAGUAAUCCUCUAGUCUCUAAAGACAUGAGAAAUCACAUUACUGGAAAUGAAAUGAACCCUAGAGAAAUAGGACAGAUAGACAGGAGGUCUGCAUCCCCAAUGGUAACCGAUUCUCUGUAUACCCACUGCUAUUGACUAGGGUUCUAUGGGUCCUCAUCUAAAGUGGUGUAGGCUACUACAUGGAGUGCAAGGUUCCCUUUGGGAUAUACACCCUGGUCUAAUUGGAAUAAAGGUCCCGAAAAGUAAUUAGUGACAUCAUUCAUUCAUUUCCGAUGAUUACACACACCCUAAUAUCCCUUAAUAUGUAAAAGCUAUUAAAGCAAACAUUCAUUAUGCUGUGUGUAAUUGAUUUAGUAAAUGGAAUGGGAAUCAUCUAUAUAAUGAUGUCUUUAUUUACAGUUUAAUGACAGAUGGGAUCUGGGGCAUAAUUGUGAUGAAUGAACACAUUAUCAUGAGUCAGAAAUCAUCAGCAUCAUUUAGGCGCAUAAUGGUCCUUUGUAAAAAAAAAUAUAUAUAUAUAAAAUAAUACAGGGGUUUACUUUUCAGAUCUAGCCUGGCUCAUCAUGUUCAGAAGAGAUCGUUCCAGUUAGAUCAUAUCCCCUGUCAAUCGUAUGUGUACAAAAUGGAAAUGGAAAAACAACCCCAGAAAUGAACAUUCCAUGAUCGUCUGUAGAUGGACUUCUGUCUUUAGAUGGACUCAUGUCUUCAAGGAGUCAAGUGUUUGUUUGUAUAUCAGACAGUUAGGGCCAGUUUCCCAGACGUAGAGUGAUGGUUGGACAUGAAGCGCGAAAAUGCUAAAAUACUGACUUGCAUUGGAUUUGUGCCACAAAUGCUAAAAGUGGCCAGGUAAACAAAAUCAAAGGAUGGAUUGCUGUCAUAACUUGUCCAUUGACUGCUGCUUAUUGGAUAAGGAAACCAAAAUGUAAUUUUGUAAUGUGGGUGAACUAUCUCUAUACGGCUGGACUAACAUGCAUGAUAGUGACUGCGAUAGUCAUUAGAUCAGGUAAAAAUGAACAUGAAUAGGAACUAUGGAACAAACACAGGCUCUUUUGGCCUCAAAUUACCUCUAAAAACCCUUGUAUUAGAGGGUGUUGGGCUGCUGGCUUCUGUUCCUGAUGAGAUGCUCUGUGACAUCCCUCUUAGCUUUUAGCUAAAACAUGGUUUUCAGGUUCAACAAUUUGGGAAGAAGAAAUAACUAGUAGUGUCAACUCUUUCAUAACCUAGACCCCAGGCUCUUUCGUAACCUCGACCCCAGGCUAUUUCACACAGUGUCUGGUCCAAGAGACAAUCUCUUUAGGCAUUUUUAGGCUACUUGUAUGCAUUUCUGUUCUUCAGAACCAACCACAGACCUCUUUCACUGGAAUAGUUAUUCUAUUUUCGCAGCCUGAAACGCAGAGCAUUCACCACACUAUUAGGCUCAGUCCUGAUCCCAGCGCAUUCGCCACACUAUUAGGCUCAGUCCUGAUCCCAGAGCAUUCACCACACUAUUAGGCUCAGUCCUGAUCCCAGAGCAUUCACCACACUAUUAGGCUCAGUCCUGAUCCCAGAACAUUCACCACACUAUUAGGCUCAGUCCUGAUCCCAGCGCAUUCACCAGACUAUUAGGCUCAGUCGUGAUCCCAGAGCAUUCACCACACUAUUAGGCUCAGUCCUGAUCCCAGAGCAUUCACCACACUAUUAGGCUCAGUCCUGAUCCCAGAGCAUUCACCACACUAUUAGGCUCAGUCCUGAUCCCAGAGCAUUCACCACACUAUUAGGCUCAGUCCUCAUCCCAGAGCAUUCACCACACUAUUAGGCUCAGUCCUGAUCCCAGAGCGUUCACCACACUAUUAAGCUCAGUCCUGAUCCCAGAGCAUUCACCACACUAUUAGGCUCAGUCCUGAUCCCAGAGCAUUCACCACACUAUUAGGCUCAGUCCUCAUCCCAGAGCAUUCACCACACUAUUAGGCUCAGUCCUGAUCCCAGAGCGUUCACCACACUAUUAGGCUCAGUCCUGAUCCCAGAGCAUUCACCACACUAUUAGGCUCAGUCCUGAUCCCAGAGCAUUCACCACACUAUUAGGCUCAGUCCUGAUCCCAGAGCAUUCACCACACUAUUAGACUCAGUCCUGAUCCCAUGACAAGACUCUAUAGGUUUCAGGAGGAGCUGUGAUGAUGGAAGUUCAAGAGUACACCAGAGCCAUACAGGUACAUGAAACACAUAGCUUUUAAAAUACAGUAUAUGGUGCUGGAGUACACACAAUCCUAUGAGAGUAGCUUACAAAACACUUUUGCUCUUGGUUUUGACCCAUUAGUGGGCAGUAUAGUUGUGUAAACAAAGUCAUUAGAUGAAUGCAAUGUUUCUAAACAUUCCCAGGUUUGAUUGAAGAGCCCCACUUUCUUGUUCCAAGCUACAGUAUGUAAAUGUGACUUAGCUUUGGAAAAAAAGCAUUCGCUAAGUCCCAUACCCAUAUAAAGUAAAGUCACUUGGAUGAUGACAGUCUGUGCAAUGCUGAAAUGCAAUUGAGUGCACAUCCACAACCCUCUAAAUAGAAGGCAAACAGUCAUCUAACUCGCUGAGUCCAGUUUCCAGCCAACGCUGCCCUUAUGUCGUGGGUUACCAAUCAAAUGACUGUGAAAAACAGAAUAAGGUUAAUAAAUGUGUUCUCCGAGGCAGAAUCCGACGUGGGGUGGGAGGGAUAAUGAUCACAGGUCUAGCUGGGCUGGAGGUGUGUUUGUCCUUUUACUGUUGUUGUUACUAUAUCAGUGGUGUCAAACACAUUUAGCCCCAGCCGGACCCGGAGGGCCACAUUCGGUCUUCACUAGGUACGGAGGGCCACAUUCGCUCUUCACUAGGUCCGGAGGGCCACAUUCGGUCUUCACUAGGUCCGGAGGGCCACAUUUGGUCUUCACUAGGUACGGAGGGCCACAUUCGGUCUUCACUAGGUACGUAAGGCCACAUUCGGUCUUCACUAGGUCCGGAGGGCCACAUUCGCUCUUCACUAGGUACGGAGGGCCACAUUCGGUCUUCACUAGGUCCGGAGGGCCACAUUCGCUCUUCACUAGAUCCGGAGCGCCACACUGCAGAUUGGGGGUACUGUAUUGCCGUGCUGUCGGGAUUUGCUAUAAAUACUGUAUGUUUGACCCCAUGCGUUAGCAGAGAUGAAUAGAAAAGCCACAAAUCCAGCCUGCAAUAGCAGCUAUAUACCCACCCUUUGAGAAACGACUCAGAAAUGAUUGACCAGUUUCAUCAAUAAUUUAAUGGUUUAACUGUUGACCAUUGAUCUAACUAACACCCCUGUGAAGAGGUUGUCCAAGGUCACAGCCUCAUUUACAUGGCCUGCUAGUCUAAUGGGCUAAUUGCUGUGUUCAAUAUGACACUGUGCUACACAGCAGUGUUGUAAUGGAUGAAUUAAUUAAUCAAUUAUUUGGACAGCAGUGAGUUUGACCAAGUACACAAGCUGUGAGUUGACACAUUUAGGAACAAUGGAAGUGCAUUAACAACAUAUGUUUAGCAGUUGCCUAAUCAAGCUUGGAGAACAUAUCGGGUCAAACAAGUUCCAUUGAAUAACACAUCCAUAAAUGGCAAAAACGACAGUCAAAAAAUAAAUAAUAAGGAAUAAGGUUUUGAAGUGUCUGUCCUAUAUCUAGUAGAUCUAAGACAGCUCUGGAAAUAUAUAUAUAUAUUUUUGGACACAUAUUUAACAUAUUGUUGGCACAAAACUACCUCCAUACUUCCAUUCAUUGAUAUGUGUUACCUUUAGCCCAGGUACUUCUUAUUUAUUGAGGUGACUGAGUGUAAAGGUGAGUGUAUGUUGAACCCUCUGAGCGUGAGAUCUUGGACUAGCAUUAAGAUCCGGGUAGUUGGUAGACAGGACACAUUAGGGUAGAUUACAGGGGUAUGUAAAGUGGAAGGAACAGAACAGAACAGCUGACUCAUCCUCUCACUUCUCUCUCUGUCUAUUCUCUCUCUCUCUCUGUCAUUUUAUCUCUCUCUCUCUCUCUCUCUCUCUCUCUCUCUCUCUCUCUCUCUCUCUCUCUCUCUCUCUCUCUGUCUCUUCUUUUUGGGGUCAUUAAAUAUUUUGUGGAUGAAGGGCGGGUGGGUGUCGGGGGCGGGUUGAAUAAAGAGACAACAGUACCUUUAAAAAAUCCAUAAAUGUAUAAUUCAUGGUUAAAUGUAUAAAUAUUGAGGUUUUCUUUAAUUAUUUGAGGCUAAUCUGUCAUUAGUGCGUAAGCCUAAGCUUUAGGGCCUAACUGUACGCGCACCAAAUAGCCUACAUGCUAAUCGCCCAAUAGCGAGCAAAAACCUACAGGACGGUAGCUCUCCAGGAACAGGGUUGGAGUUAAAACCUACAGGACGGUAGCUCUCCAGGAACAGGGUUGGGCAGUCCCGUGCUAGUAUAUCAGAACCUGACUGUAUAAUGACUACUGUAAUGAUAGUAACGAUAUCCUGAGGCAAACAAAAAAGGAGUUUUUCUAAAUGUCACAUAUUUCCUACAGUCUCCUGCUCAUCUUGUUCUUUGUCCUCUUCUUUCCUAUUCAAGAUCUAUAUCAAAAAUAGAUGUACUGUACUGUAGUCCAAUUUGAUCUGAGAAUGAUGAUGCAAUCACAGCUCAAGAUACUGUCUUUUCAAAUGUUCAGUGCAAUGUGCACACAUUUCUCUCUCUCUCUCUCUCUCUCUCUCUCUCUCUCUCUCUCUCUCUCUCUCUCUCUCUCUCUCUCUCUAGCCUCGGUUUACGGUGAUGGCUAUGUGCAGCUCAAGGCGGUGGAGUCGUCGAACCAUAACUCCCUGCGUGUCCGCUUCCUUACCUCCAGCCCCCACGGCCUUCUUUUCCUCGCUGCUGGCCAUACAGACUACCUUGUACUGGAGCUGAAUGCUGGUCGCCUGCAGGUUGGUACAUCUAUAGCCUAGACACCACACACACAAACACUCACACACACACUCACACGAUCUUGUCUCAUCGCUGCAACUCCCUAACGGACUCGGGAGAGGCGAAGGUCAAGUCAUGCAUCCUCCGAAACAUGACCCGGCAAGCCACGCUUCUUAACACCCGCUCGCAUAACCCGGAAGCCAGCUGCAACAAUGUGUCGGAGGAAACGCUGUUCAACUGACUACCGAAGUCAGACUGCAGGCACCCGGCCCGCCACAAGGAGUCGCUAGAGCGCGAUGAGCCAAGUAAAGCCCCCCCCCCCCCCGGCCAAACCCUCCCCUAACCCAGAUGACGCUGGGCCAAUUGUGCGCCGCCCUAUGGGACUCCCGGUCACGGCCGGUUGUGACACCGCCUGGGAUCGAACCCCAGGCUGUAGUGAUGCCGCAACUCUGCGAUGCAGUGCCUUAGACCGCUACGCCACUCGGGAGGCCUUGUGGGGGCUGUUUUUUUAGACUUCAGUGCGGCUUUUGACAUUAUCGAUCAUAAUCUGCUGCUGGAAAAACGUAUGUUAUGGCUUUACAUCCCCUGCUACAUCGUGGAUCGAGAGUUAUCUGUCUAACAAAAAACAGAGGGUGUUCUUUAAUGGAAGCCUCUCCAACAUAAUCCAGGUAGAAUCAGGAAUUCCCCAGCGCUAUGAUGAAACUGACUCUCAUGACGACCGCCACAGGAAUGGAAGACCCAGAGUUACCUCUGAUGCAGAGGAUAAGUUCAUUAGAGUUACCAGCCUCAGAAAUUGCAGCCCAAAUAAAUGCUUCACAGAGUUCAAGUAACAGACACAUCUCAACAUCAACUGUUCAGAGGGGACUGUGUGAAUCAGGCCGUCAUGGUAGAUUUGCUGCAAAGAAACCACUACUAAAGGAUACCAAUAAGAAGAAGAGACAUUAGACCGGUGGAAAUGUGUCCUUUGGUCUGGAGUCCAAAUUGGAGAUUUUUGGUUCAAACCGCCGUGUCUUUGUGAGACGCGGUGUGGGUCAACGAAUGAUCUCCGCAUGUGUAUUUCCCACCGUGAAGCAUGGAGGAUGAAGUGUUACGGUGUGUGGGUGCUUUGCUGGUGACACUGUCUGUGAUUUAUUUAGAAUUCAAGGCACACUUAACCAGCAUGGCUACCACAGCAUUCUAUAGCGAUACGCCAUCCCAUCUGGUUUGCGCUUAGUGGGACUAUCAUUUGUUUUUCAACAGGACCUCCAUCAGUACACCUCCAGGCUGUGUAAGGGCUAUUUUACCAAGAAGGAGAGUGAUGGAGUGCUGCAUCAGAUGACCUGGCCUCCACAAUCACCCGACCUCCACCCAAUUGAGAUGGUUUGGGAUGAGUCGGACCGAAGAGUGAAGGAAAAGCAGCCAACAAGUGCUCAGCAUAUGUGGGAACUUCUUCAAGACUGUUGGAAAAGCAUUCCAGGUGAAGCUGGUUGAGAGAAUGCCAAGAGUGCGCAAAGCUGUCAUCAAGGCAAAGGGUGGCUAUUUGAAGAAUCUCAAAUAUAACAUAUAUCUUGAUUUGUUUAACACUUUUUUGUUACUGCAUUGAUUCAUAUGUGUUUUUAUAGUUUUGUGUUUAUUGAUUAUUUGUAUUGUAGGAAUGUAUGUGGUAUGAGUAGGUGUGUAAUAAUUUGAUGGUAUGUAUCAUGUAGAUAUUGUUAUAGUGUGUAUUAUUGAUUGUUGUAUGUAAUAAUGUUUGGUAGAUUGUGGGGUGAAAUAAUGUGUUGUAUUGUAGAAUGUUUAUUGGUGGUGGGGUGUAAUAAUGUGUUUGGUUGGAUGUGUUGGUGUAAUAAUUGUUGUUAUUGUAUGGUUAUAUGGUUGUAUUGUAGAUAUGUAGUGGUGUAAUAAUGUGUUGUAUUGUAGAUAUGUUGUGGUGACGUAGUGGUGUCUAAUUGUUGUUAUGUGAUUGUGUUGUAGUGGUGUAUCUAAUGUUGUCUUGUCCAUUGUGUGGUGUAUCAUGUGUUGUCUUGUAGGACUACUGUGUGGAGUAAUACUGUGUUGGGCUUGUAUAGUAGUGGUGUGUACUAUGUUGUUGUCUUGUCGUAUUGUCGUAGUGCGUCGUGGGUGUCCACUGUGUUUCUUGUGAUUACUGUGGGUCAGAGUCGUGGUGUCCAUACUGUGUUGUAUGUCGCUCUGUCGUGGUGUACUCCUGUGUUGUUUGUACCUCUGUCGGUGUGUCCUCCUGUGUAGUAUUGUUGGUACUUGUUGGUCGUCGUGUGUCCUCCUAGUGUUGUCUUGUAGCUCUGUCUGGUGUCCUCCUGUUGUUGUCUUGUCGCUCUGUCGUGGUGUCCUCCUGUGUUGUCUUGGUCGCUCUGUCGUGGGUGUCCUCCCUGUGUUGUCUUGUCGUCUCUGUCGUGGUGUCCUCUGUGUUGUCUUGUCGCUCUGUCGUGGUGUCCAUCCUGUGUUGUCUGUGCUCUGUCGUGGUCUCCGUGUGUCUUGUGUUGUGUAGUCUCCUGUGUUGUCUUGUCGCUCUGUCGUGGUGUCCUCCUGUUUGUCUUGUCGCUCUGUCGUGGUGUCCUCCUGUGUUUGUUUGUCGCUCUGUCGUGGUGUCCUCGUGUUGUCUUGUCUCUUGUCGUGGUGUCCUCUGUGUUGUCUUGUCCUCUGUCGUGUGUCCUCCUGUGUUGUCUGGUCGUCUGUCGUGGUGUCUACUGUGUUGUCUUGUCGCUCUGUUGUGGUGUCCUCCUGUGUUUGUCUUGUCGCUCUGUCGUGGUGUCUCCUGUGUUGUACUUGUGCUGUCGUGGUGUUCCUGUGUUGUUUGUGAUCUGUCGUGGUGUCCUAAUGUGUGUUUCUUGUCGCUUGUCGUGUGUACCUCCUGUGUUGUCUUGUGUUGUGUGGGUUGUCUCCUUUUGUUGUCUUGUCGCCUAUGUGGUGUCUAUGUGUUGUAUUGUGCAUAUGUAGUGGUGUAUAAUGUGUUGUUUGUAGAUAUGUCGUGGUGUACUAAUGUGUUGUAUUGUAGAUAUGUAGUGGUGUAAUAAUGUGUUGUAUUGUAGAUAUGUAGUGGUAGAGUAGUGGUGUAAUAAUGUAUUGUAUUGUAGAUAUGUUGUGGUGUAAUAAUGUGUUGUGUGAUGUACUGUUUUAUUUUGUAUGUAAUUGCCUUAAUCUUGUUUAGACCCCAGGAAGAGUAGCUGCUGCCUUGGCAGGAACUACUGGGGAUCCAUAAUAAACCCCAGGAAGUGUAGCUGCUGCCUUGGCAGGAACUACUGGGGAUCCAUAAUAAACCCCAGGAAGUGUAGCUGCUGCCUUGGCAGGAACUACUGGGGUUCCAUAAUAAACCCCAGGAAGAGUAGCUGCUGCCUUGGCAGGAACUAAUGGGGAUCCAUAAUAAACCCCAGGAAGAGUAGCUGCUGCCUUGGCAGGAACUAAUGGGGAUCCAUAAUAAACCCCAGGAAGAGUAGCUGCUGCCUUGGCAGGAACUAAUGGGGAUCCAUAAUAAACCCCAGGAAGAGUAGCUGCUGCCUUGGCAGGAACUAAUGGGGAUCCAUAAUAAACCCCAGGAAGAGUAGCUGCUGCCUUGGCAGGAACUAAUGGGGAUCCAUAAUAAACCCCAGGAAGAGUAGCUGCUUCCUUGGCAGGAACUAAUGGGGAUCCAUAAUAAACCCCAGGAAGAGUAGCUGCUGCCUUGGCAGGAACUAAUGGGGUUCCAUAAUAAACCCCAGGAAGAGUAGCUGCUGCCUUGGCAGGAACUAAUGGGGAUCCAUAAUAAACCCCAGGAAGAGUAGCUGCUGCCUUGGCAGGAACUAAUGGGGAUCCAUAAUAAACCCCAGGAAGAGUAGCUGCUGCCUUGGCAGGAACUAUUGGGGAUCCAUAAUAAACCCCAGGAAGAGUAGCUGCUGCCUUGACAGGAACUAAUGGGGAUCCAUAAUAAACCCCAGGAAGAGUAGCCUCUGGUCUCUGACAUCAUAGUGGUCUCUGACAUCAUAGUGGUCUCUGACAUCAUAGUGGUCUCUAACAUCAUAGUGGUCUCUGACAUCAUAGUGGUCUCUGACAUCAUAGUGGUCUCUGACUUCAUAGUGGUCUCUGACAUCAUAGUGGUCUCUGACAUCAUAGUGGUCUCUAACUUCAUAGUGGUCUCUGACAUCAUAGUGGUCUCUAACAUCAUAGUGGUCUCUGACAUCAUAGUGGUCUCUGACAUCAUAGUGGUCUCUGACUUCAUAGUGGUCUCUGACAUCAUAGUGGUCUCUGACAUCAUAGUGGUCUCUAACUUCAUAGUGGCUCUGACAUCAUAGUGGUCUCUGACUUCAUAGUGGUCUCUGACAUCAUAGUGAUCUCAUACUUGUGAUCAGACUCAGGUGGAACAAACGUAAACUUUUUUCAAUGCUGAAUUGAAUGUCGUUGAGAAAACAGAAAGGUGUCAAAAUGUUAUGUUGGUGCUUUUCUAUUUUAUACAUUUCUGUGUUCUAUGUUUGUGCUUUUCUAUAAACCAAUUUCUGUGUUCAUGCAAGUGACCGAUUGGACGAAUCCUCACUAUCAGUGUCUGCAAUUUCACAGUAUGCCCAGGACUUUGUUUAGAGAAAGGGAUAUCUCAGUUUCAAGGACUCAGCUUAGAGAGAAGAAGCCUUGUGAGGUUUUGGUCUGUCACAUGCAUGACCCAGUAUUGGUCAGUCACAUGAAUGAAGCAAACGUAAAUUAUUAAUUAAUUAUGAAUAAGCUAAAUCAUGCAAAUAUGACUUGUCAGUAUGUAAGGGAACUAACGGGACUGCCCCGUUAGAGCUCCUGAUCGAUAAAAGUAAUCCAAUAAGUAAUCAUGUAGUUUUUCAAAAGUAUUUGUAAUCUGAUUACAUUUAUUUUUUUGCUGCUAACAGUGGCAGUUAUAGUUUUUUUGUGUAAUCUGAUUACAUGUAAUCAGUAACUACCAACCCUGCAGACCCGUCACACACAACCUCUGGCUAUGUCUCUAUCCCAGCUCCCAACUGACAGUGUCAGUCAGUCAGUCAUUCAACAAAACAACACAAGCAGGCAGAGUUAGUCUCAUCCCAGACGGUGAGAUAUGUUGAGGCCCCCUAAGAGCAACUACAACUAGAAAAACAGUCAGUGAGGUUGUGUGACAAUGACUGUAGUUACAGUCGAAGUCGGAAGUUUACAUACACUUAGGUUGGAGUCAUUCAAACUCGUUUUUUUCAACCACUCCACAAAUUUCUUGUUAACAAACUAUAGUUUUGGCAAGUCGGUUAGGACAUCUACUAUGUGCAUGACACAAGUAAUUUUUCCAACAAUUGUUUACAGACAGAUUAUUUAACUUAUAAUUCACUGUAUCACAAUUCCAGUGGGUCUGAAGUUUACAUACAUUAAAUUGACUGUACCUUUAAACAGCUUGGAAAAUUGCAGAAAAUGAUGUCAUGGCUUUAGAAGCUUCUGAUAGGCUAAUUGACAUAAUUUCAGUCAAUUGGAGGUGUACCUGUGGAUGUAUUUCAAGGCCUACCUUCAAACUCAGUGCCUCUUUGCACGACAUCAUGGGAAAAUCAAAAGAAUUCAGCCAAGACCUCAGAAUUUUUUUUGUUGACCUCCACAAGUCUGGUUCAUCCUUGGGAGCAAUUUCCAAACGCCUGAAGGUACCACGUUCAUCUGUACAAACAAUAGUACGCAAGUGUAAACACCAUGGGACCACGCAGCCGUCAUACCGCUCAGGAAGGAGACGCGUUCUGUCUCCUAGAGAUGAACGUACUUUGGUGCGAAAAGUGCAAAUCAAUCCCAGAACAACAGCAAAGGACCUUGUGAAGAUGCUGGAGGAAACAGGUACAAAAGUAUCUAUAUCCACAGUAAAACGAGUCCUAUAUCGACAUAAGCUGAAAGGCCACUCAGCAAGGAAGAAGCCACUGCUCCAAAACCGCCAUAAGAAAGCCAGACUACGGUUUGCAACUGCACAUGGGGACAAAGAUCAUAUUUUUUGAAGAAAUGUCCUCUGGUCUGAUGAAACAAAAAUAGAACUGUUUGGCCAUAAUGACCAUCGUUAUGUUUGGAGGAAAAAGGGGGACGCUUGCAAGCCGAAGAACACCAUCCCAACUGUGAAGCACGGGGGUGGCAGCAUCAUGCUGUGGGGGUGCUUUGCUGCAGGAGGGACUGGUGCAUUUCACAAAAUAGAUGGCAUCAUGAGGAAGGAAAAUGAUGUGGAUAUAUUGAAGCAACAUCUCAAGACAUCUGUCAGGAACUUAAAGAUUGGUCGCAAAUGGUUCUUCCAAAUGGACAAUGACUCCAAGCAUACUUCCAAAGUUGUGGCAAAAUGGCUUAAGGACAACAAAUUCAAGGUAUUGGAGUGGCCAUCGAAAAGCCCUGACCUCAAUCCUAUAGAACAUUUGUGGGCAGAACUGAAAAAGCGUGUGCGAGCAAGGAGGCCUACAAAGCUGACUCAGUUACACCAGCUCUGUCAGGAGGAAUGGGCCAAAAUUCACCCAACUUAUUGUGGGAAGCUUGUGGAAGGCUACCCGAAACGUUUGACCCAAGUUAAACAAUUUAAAGGCAAUGCUACCAAAUACUAAUUGAGUGUAUGUAAACUUCUGACCCACUGGGAAUGUGAUGAAAGAAGUAAAAGCUGAAAUAAAUAAUUCUCUCUACUAUUAUUCUGACAUUUCACAUUCUUAUAAUAAAGUGGUGAUCCUAACUGACCUAAGACGGAAUUCUUACUAGGAUUAAAUGUCAGGAAUUGUGAAAAACUGAGUGAAAAUGUAUUUGGCUAAGGUGUAUGUAAACUUCCGACUUCUACUGUAUUAAGGGUUGUGCACAUUGAUAGGUAAUUUCAUUUGCAGAUGGAUUGAUUAAUUCAAAUGGUAAAAUUGGUAAAUGUUAUACAGUGGUGUAAAGUACUUAAGUAAAAAUAGUUUAAAGUACUACAUAAGUAGUUUUUGGGGUAUCUGUACCUCACUUUACUAUUUAUAUUUUUGACAACUUGUACUUUUACUUCACUACAUUCCUAAAUAAAAUAAUGUACUUUAUACAUUUUCCUUGACACCCAGAGUACUAAUUACAUUUUGAGCAGGAUGGGAAAAUGGUCAAAUUCAUGCACUUAUCAAGAGAACAUCCCUGGCCAUCUCUACUGCCUCUGAUCUGACAGACUCACUAAACACAAAUGCUUCAUUUGUAAAUUAUGUCUGAGUGUUGGAGUGCGCUCCUGGCUAUCCCUAAAUAAAAAAUAAAAAAUAAAAUCGUGCCAUCUGUUUAGCUUAAUAUAAGACAUUUUAAAUGAUUUAUACUUGUACUUUUACUUUUGAUACUUAAGUAUAUAUUAGCAAUUACAUUUACUUUUGAUACUUAAGUAUAUUUAAAACCAAAUACUUUUAGACUUUUACUCAAGUAGUAUUUUACUGGGUGACUUUCAUUUUUACUUGAGUCAUUUUCUAUUAAGGUAUCUUUACUUUUACUCAAGUAUGACAAUUGAGUACUUUUUCCACCACUGAUUUUGUAUUCAUGGGUCACCAUUGAUACGAUAUCCUGGAAAUGUAUUUCAAUUAAUUAGUAAUCAUGUUCCAGCACAGAAUAGGCUGCAUUCCUCACAACUAUAAAUUACACUGGUUUUGUAAUAAAUAUGAUAUAGAGGAACAGUUCUGGUUGUGGUUUAAAAUAGAAAGUUACAAAGGGUGUUGUAGGUUACAACUUGGUUGUCUGAUCCUACUAUACAAUGCAGUCGUAAAAUAUUCAGGCCCAUUUACUUUUUCCACAUUUUGUUACGUUACAGCCUUAUUCUUAAAUGGAUUAAAUUAAAAAUGUUCCUCAUCAAUCUACACACAAUACCCCAUAAUGACAAAUCGAAAAAAAACAAAAAACAGAAAUACCUUAUUUACAUAAGUAUUCAGACCCUUUGCUAUGAGACUCAAAAUUGAGCUCAGGUGCAUCCUGUUUCCAUUGAUCAUCAUUUAGAUGUUUCUACAACUUGAUUGGAGUCCACCUGUGGUAAAUUCAAUUGAUUGGAAAUUAUUUGGAAAGGCACACACCUGUCUAUAUAAGGUCCCACAGUUGACAGUGAAUGUCAGAGCAAAAAACAAGCCAUGAGGUCGAAGGAAUUGUCCGUAGAGCUCUGAGACAGGAUUGCGUCGAGGCACAGAUCUGGGGAAGGGUACCAAAAAAUGUAUGCAGCAUUGAAGGUCCCCAAGAACACAAUGGCUUCCAUCCUUCUUAAAUGGAAGAAGUUUGGAACCACCAAGACUCUUCCUAGAGCUGGCCUCCCGGCCAAACUGAGCAAUCAGGGGAGAAGGGCCUUGGUCAGGGAGGUGACCAAGAACCCAAUGGUCACUCUGACCGAGCUCCAGAGUUCUUCUGUGGAGAUGGGAUAACCUUACAGAAGGACAACCAUCUCUACAGCACUCUACCAAUCAGGCCUUUAUGGUAGAGUGGCCAGACGGAAGCCACUCCUCACUAAAAGGCACAUGACAGCCCGCUUGGAGUUUGCCAAAAGGCACCUAAAGGACUCUCAGACCAUGAGAAAUGAGAAACAAGAUUCUCUGGUCUGAUGAAACCAAGAUUGAACUCUUUGGCCAGAAUGCCAAGCGUCACAUCUGGAGGAAACCUGGCACCAUCCCUACGGGGAAACAUGGUGGUGGCAGCAUCAUGCUGUGGGGAUGUUUUUCAGCGGCAGGGACUGGGAGAAUACUCAGGAUUGAGGGAAAGAUGAACGGAGCAAAGUACAGAGAGAUCCUUGAUGAAAACCUGCUCAGGACCUCAGACUGGGGCGAAGGUUCACCUUCUAACAGGGCAACAACCUUAAGCACAAAGCCAACACAACGCAGGAGUGGCUUCGGGACAUGUCUCUGAAUGUCUUUGAGUGGCCCAGCCAGAGCCCGGAGUUGAACCCGAUGGAACAUCUCUGGAGAGACCUGAAAAUAGCUGUGCAGCGACGCUCCCCAUCCAACCUGACAGAGCUUGAGAGGAUCUGCAGAGAAGAAUGGGAGAAACUCCCCAAAUACAGGUGUGCCAAGCUUGUAGCGUCAUACCCAAGAAGACUUGAGGCUGCCAAAAGUGUUUCAACAAAGUACUGAGUAAAGGGUCUGAAUACUUAUGUAAAUGUGAUAUAAGUUUUUUUAUUUUUAAUACGUUUGCAAAAAUUUAUAAAAACCUGUUUUUGCUUUGUCAUCAUGAGGUAUUGGGUGUAGAAACAAUGUAAUCCAUUUUAGAAUAAGGCUGUAAUGUAACAACAUGUGGAAAAAGUCAAGGGGUCUGAAUACUUUCCGAAUGGACUGUAUCUAGGCUAGUAGAGAGCUGUGCUCUGCUGACAGAUUCGAAAGAAGGAAAGUCAUUUGUCGCUUGAAGACAUGGGUCAAACUUCUCACAAAGCUUUUAUAUCAGAAGAAAUCAGCAUAAGCGAAGGACAGGUUAUAGAGGCUUUUUGUGACACAGUCAGAAGUGUUAGAUGAAAGAAACGUUGUUUUCCGGAAAAAUCUUUGAGAUGCGUUUUUUUAUCUGCACUCUGCAUCACACCGUCACUGUCACUGUCACCAAUCCCUGCGACUGAAGAAUAUCUCCCUGGGUUAUACAUUUCAUUUCAUUUCGUGUUGGGGAGUGGAGAGUGAAGUGUGACGUGUGAAUUGUGCUGACGAUGGCGCCGUGUGUGUGUCUGUUGAGCGUGCCGUGAGGAGCAAGAAAACUGCUCAUUCGUGCCCCUUCUUAAGCCAACCUAGGUCAUCAAAUUCACCAACAUUCUUUUGACUUUUUUUUUUUUGGGUCCUCAGGCUUGGGGUCUCUUUCUGAUUGAAUCAGAGUUUAGAGAUUAGCAUUGCUGUUGUGUUGUCUUGAAACCCUGCGUGUAUAGCUGGGAUUCAGCAGCAAGCCUUGACAAGCCAUGUCCUCCCGAUGCAGAGCUCCACAGAGAUAGGAACUGCGUCCCAAAUUGGACCCUAUUCCCUAUACAGUGUAUAUAACCCUAUGGGCCCUGGUCAAAAGUAGUGCACUAAAUAGGGGGUCAUUUGGGACACAGUUGAAAGCAGAAAGGGUUCUUCUGGGAAACAAAGCUCUCUGUUUUAACUAUAGGUUAUAUCACGGCUUGGAAAUGUAUUCAUAAUACCAUUUACAUUUUAGUCAUUUAGCAGACGCUCUUAUCCAGAGUGCAUACAUUUUCAUACUGGCCCCCCGUGGGAAACGAACCCACAACCCUGGCAUUGCAAGCGCCACAAUCUAACAACUGAGCUACACGGGACACCAUGAAGGUGUCAGUGUGUUCCUUAUAUCUUGGUGACGCUGAGGGUGUGAAAAAAAUAAAAAUAAAUUAAAGGCUGUGAAUAGAACUGAAAUGGGAUAUUUCUUUCUCACUAAAAUAUAAAUAUUACCAGAUAGUUAGGUAAUGUAGUUAUGCAAUAUAAGUGACAGUGACAAAACAAUGUGUAUCUGGCUGAGUGGAGUUAUUCAGUCUUGUUCUGGCUGAAUGGAGUUAGUCUUAUUCUAAGGGCAGCUCUAUCUCGAGGGUAGGCAGUAAAUGUGAUUUGUUAGGUUUAGGCAAUAAAUAUGGGUGAUUUUGUUUAGGCAAGAUAUUCCAAUAGGUUCUGAUCAGGUUUAGCAGUUGUUGUUUUUUUACAGUACAUUUGAUUGGUUAAGUUUAAAACUCCAGUUUAAAGUGAUCAUUUGAAUCACAUAUUUUCUUCGUCUCUUCCUCAGGUGAAACUGGACUUGGGGUCCGGUGAGCGUUUGCUACGGUCUGAGAGUAGCACCCAGCUAAACGACCUGGCCUGGCACACUGCUGAGCUCCUCCACAACCGCCACAAUGUCACCCUGACCGUGGACCAGCACUCCCACACCAGCCUCAGGAUGCCCGGGCAUGGUUCUCAGAAACAGGAGCUGAGCAUCCAGGAAGGGCUGUACAUCGGCGGCUCUGGAGGCCUGGACAAGUUCUACCUCCCCAGUGACCUGACUGGUUUCAGGGGGUGUAUGGACGAGGCUGUCUUCAACGGACACGAUAUGUUAUCUUCGUUGAGACCUUACGCUGGACUCAAGAGCGUCUAUGAGGUUUCUUUGGGCUGUAGUCCCCAGUUUUUCGCCAACGAGGAGGACCCAGUUAGCUUCUUUAGUUCUAGAGCGUAUAUCUCCCUGCCACCCUGGAAUAUCUCCCACGUCCAGCAGGAGGCGCUGUUUGAAUGUGUGGUUCACACCUCGGCUAAAGAGGGGAUCAUCCUUUACAACUCGGCCAGACAGGGGGGCUUUGUGGCAGUUGAGAUCCAAGAGGGGUUGCCUGUGGCCCUCAUUGGUAAAGGAGGCACCAAAACAGAACUCCGCUCCCUUACCUUCGUCAAUGACAGGAACUGGCAUUCAGUCAAGCUGUUCUUCACCCCCAAGACCCUCCAGCUGACAGUGGACGAGGAGACGGUAAAGACUAGCAUCAGCUCUCGCUCCAAGGGACUACAGCUGAGGGGUUCUCUCUUUGUUGGGGGCAUUGACGACAGCACACGCUCAGAAGUCCGGAAGAUGGGUCUGUUGUCUGUGUCGGGGAAGAGGUUCAGAGGAGGUUCGUUCAAGGGCUGUCUGAAUGACAUGAAGGUCAAUGGGGUGAAGAUGGGUCUGCCCAACGCUGCAGUCACGAAGGAUAUAUCGGUGGGCUGCGAGCCGGAGAAAGAACCAGAGCCCUCGACCACGAUGACUCCAACGACUCUCCCGACUGUCCCCAAGUCCCGCUUCGAUCCCACUUCAGUCACCCCCACACCAGAAUUCCCCAUGUCCACUCUGGACAGGGGGCUGGACAAGAGGUACGGGACGAACUUCGUGCUGCUCAGGAACCUCGUGGUCCUGGAGGGCGGACAUGGAUCUCUGGAAUCCAAACACAUCAAGGUUCUCCUGGACUUCAAGAAGCUCAGAGUACGGCAGUCCCAGAUCAUGUUCCGGAUCCAAGAGCAGCCGGUGCACGGUCAGAUCAGACUGGAUGUAGACCAGGACCAAGAGGAGAACACCUUCAGCAUGCUGGACCUGUGGCACGGCAGGGUGAUGUACAUCCACGGGGGAUCAGAGGACCCAGAAGACUUCUUCAUCUUCUCUAUCUUCUCCAGCAGCAGGAAGGAGGUUCCUGACUACCUGCAAGGGACCAGGAGGUACCGCUACAACAUCACGGUGAUGCCCACCAACGACUCCCCCGAGCUCAGCCUGCCCCAGGGGAACCUUUUCAUCCUGCUGGAGAACUCUAGAAAACACCUGACCACGGAGGUGUUGAAGGCCACGGACAUCGACAGCAACCCCGCCGACCUAGUCUUCUCCAUCCUGGGGAAUCUGAACACUGACGCAGGGUACCUGGAGGUGGAAGACAACCCCGGGGCUGCAGUGACCACAUUCUCCCAUUCUGACCUGAAGGAAGGGAAGGUGAACUAUGUCCACACUGGGGUGAGGAACUCCAGGAUCGUCCUGAGGGUCAGUGAUGGAGACAAGGUGAGCAAUACAGUUGUGCUGAGGAUCAUGGCCAUAGGGUUGGAGUAUAAGAUCGGCAACAACACCGGGCUUGAGAUAACUCAGGGUGAUGUGUCUGUGAUCGGUAACAAGCACCUGGCCGUUCAGACCAAUGCUGUGAAGCAGGUGGUGGACAUCCGAUACGAUGUUGUCGAGCCCCCUCAGUAUGGGGAGCUGCAGAGGCUUCACUCCAGCGGCGAAUGGAAGCCCACCGGUUCCUUCUCCCAAAGGCUACUGGAGAAAGAACGCCUUCGGUACCUCAGUACUUUCCAAGAAAUCCAGACGGCAAAUGCUACGGAUUACUUCAAAUGCAAGGUCACUGUAGCUGGUAGGGUCGAUACUGAACUGGUCUUCCCCAUCACUGUGAAGUGGGUACAUUAUAACUUAGUAAGGAACGUAAUGGCCAACAUUGAUAAAGUUCGGAAAGUGACGUUGGACUCGCAGUAUCUUUAUGCCACUGUGGACGUUGUGACACUAUCCGAGGAUGAUCUGCACUUCAGAGUUCUAUCCUCACCGAAGAAAGGACAACUUCUGCUUGUUAACGAGUUACUGAAGAAAAACUCAACUUUCAGCCAAAGGAAUGUCACUGAUCUAAAGCUACAAUACGAACUGGUCGACAGACCGUACGAAGACACGAGCGACACGUUUCAAUUCCAAGUGUUCUCCAGACAUGCUCAAACGCAAAGUUACGAUUUCCAGAUCUCAAUAAAAGCCGAUGUCAACAGCGUAUUUAUAAGAAAUUAUGGACUUUUGAUCAAGGAGGGAGAGAGUAAACUCAUCACAAAGGACGAGUUGUUUGCGGAGACUCUCAGCACCAAGGAGAUGUACUACACUAUCACAAGUAGUCCCAAACACGGGAAGCUACAACGCAUCAACCUGUCCAACUCCAACACCAGUUACAACAUCAUCCGAACGUUCAGCAACCAGGACCUCUUGGAGGAGCGCCUCAUGUUCAUCCACGACGACACAGAGACCACUCGGGACCAAUUCACAUUCGUAGCCUCCACUAGUCAGGAGUCCAAAUCCUCCGUCACAGACGAUGAAGUCGGGCGUAAAGAAGGGACGUUCAACAUUUCCAUCCAGCUAGUUAAUGACGAAAAGCCGGUGCGCGUUGUCGAUAAAGUUUUCCACGUGGUGAGGGACGGGCAGCGGUUGCUCACCCUGGACGAUCUAUGUUACCAUGACGCAGACUCGGACUUCAGCGAUGGGCAGUUGGUCUACACGCGACGGGGAAUCCCGAUGGGAGACCUGGUUCUGGUGAAUGACACCUCUCACCGGUACUUUCUGUUUUUGUUUUUUUACAUAUUAAAUAUAUAAUGUAUUAUGACUGUCGAUUAAUAUUAAUAGUGUCUCAAAACUCUCCCUGAGUGGUCCAAAAUGUUGUUUUUAAUCAUAAUAAUAAUGAUAAUAAUAGUAAUAAUUAUAAAAUAUAUAUAUUUUGUAAUAUUUAUUGUAAAUUGAUCUUAUAUAAUUGAGUGACACUAUAAAUCAACUUUCCUGAACUCUGACCUCUGACCUCUGACCUCCAGGCUGUUCCAGUUCACCCAGAAGGAGCUGGAAGAGAAGAGGGUGUUGUUCCUCCAUCGAGGCGUGAGCUCCGGACGCUUCGUGCUCUUCGUGUCCGACGGGAAACACUUUGUCUCCACUCUUCUGGACGUAACUGCCGAAGACCCUUUCCUAAGACUCGGCAACAACACAGGUAUGUGUGUAUGUGUGUAUAUUUUAUACAUUGUAUGCAUUUUCCAAAUUAAUUGUGAUGUAAAGUGCCUUUGGACUGGAGUCCCCAAUGUCUUGCUCAAGCUGUCCAUUGUUUUGCCUGUCUGAGAACAAGGACCACAAUGGAAACAAAUCUGUUGACUUUAUAGUGUUUUUAUCCUUGAUGAUUUUUUAUGUGUGUUGUUAUUGUACUCACAUGGCUACUCCAUAUUGUAAUUUAUCGAGCCAUCCAUUCAUCAAUUCAUCCAUAGGUUUGUUAGUCCAGAAGGGAAAGGAAGUUACCCUAACCACAGGUAACUUCAGCGUGCUCACGAACCUCGACAUCCGAGACGACAGCGAGGUCACCUACAAGGUGUCCGAGCCUCCAAGGAACGGUCGGCUGUAUCGCCAAGGGAACAUCUCCAUGCGGUCGUUCACCCAGCAUGACCUGAAGAAGGGCCUUGUUUCGUAUCGCCAUGACGACAGAAAGAACCUGGUGGACUCUUUCAACGUGACAGUCAAGGUUAAAGGCACUUAUCUGAAUGCCAGAGUCAAUGUUAAGAUUUACCUGGAGAGCCAUCAGAGGCCACCUAUCCUCCAGCACAACAACACUUUACGGGUGGAGGAGCGCAAGCCUGUGAAGAUUGACGAGAGUAGACUGGAGGUAUGUAUGUUGUCUAGGUUGGGGAUGGACGGAUGGAUAGAUGGAUAGAUUGAUGGAUGGAUGGAUGAAAUUAUGAAUGAUUGGAUAUUCCAGUGAUUGAUGUAGACUUGAAUAUAUCAAUAUUUUGCUAAGCAGUAUUUGUACAUAGAUACAUUGUUAUUUUAUACGUACUGUGUCAGUACUAGAAGUUCCUCAGUAUAUGAUCCAAAGUGUAUUGUAAAUCCUGAGCUUAUUUCCCCGUGUCAUGUCAAGUAACACGUCAAACUUGAAACAUGAUGCCAAGUGUCACACCAAACAUCUCAGAGGUUCUGUCCCAAACGGCACCCCAUUCCCAAUAUAGUGAAAUACUGUUGACCAGGGGUGGUCAAAAGUAGUGCACUAAAUAGUGAAUAGGGUUGCAGUUUGGGACACUACCAGACAUGACAGAAAAUAGCCUCUGUCUCUAGCCCCCAGCCUCUAACGUCUGUCUGUCUGUCUGUCUGUCUGUCUGUCUGUCUGUCUGUCUGUCUGUCUGUCUGUCUGUCUGUCUGUCUGUCUGUCUGUCUGUCUGUCUGUCUGUCUGUCUGUCUGUCUCGCUCUCUGUCUGUCUGUCCAGGUCAUCCACGAGGACAACUUGCCGUCUGAGAUUGUAUUUACAGUUAAGGUGGCCCCGCUACACGGGUUCCUGCGGUGCUUCGUGGAGGCUGAGGAGCAGUACGUUGGAACUGAACAGACCCCCGUCCAGACCUUCUCCCAGGAAGACGUCAACGCUGGCAACGUCCAGUACAUGCAGACAGCCCCGGGCCAGGUUGGACCUGACUUUUUUUGUUGUGGUGUACUUUUAUUUCUGUAUUUUAAGUUGAAUGGAAAGAGACGGUGAACGAGAAACCGGAAACUAAGGGCAGGUUAGCGUUUUUCGUCAUGAAUCUUGUUCUGGAGGCAGAAUGCCUAACCCGUACCUUAACCACAGUGCUAACCCUAACCUUAACGCUAACCUUAACCACAGUGCUAACCCUAAUGCCUAACCCGUACCUUAACCACAGUGCUAACCCUAACCUUAACCACAGUGCUAACCCUAACCUUAACCACAGUGCUAACCCUAAUGCCUAACCCGUACCUUAACCACAGUGCUAACCCUAAUGCCUAACCCUAACCUUAACCACAGUGCUAACCCUAACCUUAACCACAGUGCUAACCCUAAUGCCUAACCCGUACCUUAACCACAGUGCUAACCCUAACCUUAACGCUAACCUUAACCACAGUGCUAACCCUAAUGCCUAACCCGUACCUUAACCACAGUGCUAUCCCUAAUGCCUUAAUCCGUACCUUAACCACAGUGCUAACCCUAAUGCCUAACCCGUACCUUAACCACAGUGCUAACCCUAAUGCCUAACCCUUACCUUAACCACAGUGCUAACCCUAAUGCGUAACCCGUACUUUAACCACAGUGCCAACCCUAAUGCCUAACCCGUACCUUAACCACAGUGCUAACCCUAAUGCCUAACCCGUACCUUAACCACAGUGCUAACCCUAAUGCCUUAAUCCGUACCUUAACCACAGUGCUAACCCUAAUGCCUAACCCGUACUUUAACCACAGUGCUAACACUAAUGCCUAACCCGUACCUUAACCACAGUGCUAACCCUAAUGCCUAACCCGUACCUUAACCACAGUGCUAACCCUAAUGCCUAACCCGUACCUUAACCACAGUGCUAACCCUAAUGCCUAACCGGUACCUUAACCACAGUGAGUUGCAGUAGUCCAGACAGGAGAUGACAAGUGCCUGGAUUAGGACCUGCUAUUUCAGCCACACCCGUUGCUGACAGGUGUAUAAAAUCAAGCACACAGCCAUGCAAUCUCCACAGACAAACAUUGGCAGUAGAAUGGCCCGUACUGAAGAGCUCAGUGACUUUCAACGUGGCACCGUCAUAGGAUGCCACCUUUCCAACAAGUCAGUUCGUCAAGUUUCUGUCCUGCUAGAGCUGCCCCCGGUCAACUGUAAGUGAUGUUAUUGUGAAGUGGAAACGUCUAGGAGCAACAACGGCUCAGCCGCGAAGUGGUAGGCCACACAAGCUCACAGAACGGGACAGCCAAGUGCUGAAGCAUGUAGCGCGUACAAAUGGUCUGUCCCGUAUGAAAUGGGUUUCCAUGGCCGAGCAGCCGCAUACAAGCCUAAGAUCAACAUUCACAAUGUCAAGCGUCGGCUGGAUAGGUGUAAAGCUCGCCGCCAUUGGACUCUGGAGCAGUGGAAACGCGUUCUCUUGAGUGGUGAAUCACGCUUCACCAUCUGGCAGACAAAUCUGGGUUUGGCGGAUGCCAGGAGAACGCUACCUGCCCCAAUACAUAGUGCCAACUGUAAAGUUUGGUGGAGGAUAAAUAAUGGUCUGGGACUGUUUUUUAUGGUUCGGGCUAGGCCCCUUAGUUCCAGUGAAGGGAAAUCUUUCACGCUACAGCAUACAAUGAGAUUCUCAACGAUUCUGUGCUUCCAACUUUGUGGCAACAGUUUAGGGAAGGCCCUUUCCUGUUUCAGCAUGACAAUGCCCCUGUGCACAAAGCGAGGUCCAUACAGAAAUGGAAAUAGAUUUCUAAGCUGACAAUAUAAGAGCCUGAGACGCCCAGCCCUGAGAGGGUGGAGAGGAGGAUAUGAUGAUUCACUGUGUCGAAGGCAGCGGACAGAUCUAGGAGAAUGAGAACUGAGGAGAGAGAGUCAGCUUUGGCAGUGCGGAGAGCCUCCGUGACACAGAGAAGAGCAGUCUCAGUUAAGUUACCCGUCUUGAAGCCUGACUGGUUAGGGUCAAGAACAUCGUUCUGAGAGAGAUUUGCGAGAGAGUUGGUCAGAGAAAGCACGCUCAAGUGUUUUGAAAUAUAAUUAAAUAACGGAUAGCGGUCUGUAGUUUUUGACGUCAGAGGGGUUGAGUGUUGGUUUCUUGAGGAGGGGAGAAACUCUGACAUUUUGAAGUCAGAGGGGACGUAGCCAGUGGUCAGUGAUGAGUUGAUGAGGGAAGUAAGGAAUGGGAGAAUGUCUCCAAAGAUGGUCUGGAGAAUAAAUUGGCAGAUGCAAACAGAUUAUCAUCUUUAGCAGAGUUCUUGAGGGCUCAAACAAAGAAAGCAGUUUGCGAUUUCGUUCUUACUGGUGAAGCAGCGUUUGAGUUGUGUGGUUGCAGUAACAACAUAGAACACAGACACUCCAACUGUCACUAGACCAACUGUCACUAGACCAACUGUCACUAGACCAACUGUCAUUAGACCAAUUGUCAUUAGACCAACUGUCACUAGACCAACUAUCAUUAGACCAACUGUCACUAGACCAACUGUCACCAGACCAACUGUCACUAGACCAACUGUCAUUAAACCAACUGUCAUUAGACCAACUGUCACUAGACCAACUGUCACUAGACCAACUGUCAUUAGACCAACUGUCAUUAGACCAACUGUCACCAGACCAACUGUCAUUAGACCAACUUUCACUAGACCAACUGUCAUUAGACCAACUGUCAUUAGACCAACUGUCAUUAGACCAACUGUCAUUAGACCAACUGUCACUAGACCAACUGUCAUUAGACCAACUGUCAUUAGACCAACUGUCACUAGACCAACUGUCAUUAGACCAACUGUCACUAGACCAACUGUCACUAGACCAACUGUCAUUAGACCAACUGUCAUUAGACCAACUGUCAUUAGACCAACUGUCACUAGACCAACUGUCAUUAGACCAACUGUCACUAGACCAACUGUCACUAGACCAACUGUCACUAGACCAACUGUCAUUAGACCAACUGUCACUAGACCAACUGUCAUUAAACCAACUGUCACUAGACCAACUGUCAUUAGACCAACUGUCAUUAAACCAACUGUCAUUAGACCAACUGUCACUAGACCAACUGUCAUUAGACCAACUGUCACUAGACCAACUGUCACUAGACCAACUGUCAUUAGACCAACUGUCAUUAGACCAACUGUCAUUAGACCAACUGUCAUUAGACCAACUGUCACUAGACCAACUGUCAUUAGACCAACUGUCAUUAGACCAACUGUCACUAGACCAACUGUCAUUAGACCAACUGUCACCAGACCAACUGUCAUUAGACCAACUGUCACUAGACCAACUGUCAUUAGACCAACUGUCACUAGACCAACUGUCAUUAGACCAACUGUCACUAGACCAACUGUCAUUAGACCAACUGUCAUUAGACCAACUGUCACUAGACCAACUGUCAUUAGACCAACUGUCACUAGACCAACUGUCAUUAGACCAACUGUCAUUAGACCAACUGUCACUAGACCAACUGUCAUUAGACCAACUGUCACUAGACCAACUGUCAUUAGACCAACUGUCACUAGACCAACUGUCAUUAGACCAACUGUCAUUAGACCAACUGUCACUAGACCAACUGUCACUAGACCAACUGUCACUAGACCAACUGUCAUUAGACCAACUGUCACUAGACCAACUGUCAUUAGACCAACUGUCAUUAGACCAACUGUCAUUAGACCAACAUGGCCCUGGCAGCAUGGCCCUGGCAGCAAGGCCCUGGCAGCAUGGCCCUGGCAGCAAGGCCCUGGCAGCAUGGCCCUGGCAGCAAGGCCCUGGCAGCAUGGCCCUGGCAGCAUGGCCCUGGCAGCAUGGCCCUGGCAGCAUGUCCCUGGCAGCAAGGCCCUGGCAGCAAGGCCCUGGCAGCAUGGCCCUGGCAGCAAGGCCCUGGCAGCAAGGCCCUGGCAGCAUGGCCCUGGCAGCAAGGCCCUGGCAGCAUGGCCCUGGUCUUUGUCGGGACUGAGAGGCUGCUAGUGCUAGCUGCUGCAGUAGUACUAGCUUCAUCGGCUAGCUUGUUUCAUCAGUCGAGGACAUGGUGGCUUCGCUGACUGGUCUGAAUAAUGUGGUUAUCUUCUGUAAUUUGGCACGAGCUUAAUCAGAUAAUGCUUUGUUGUGGCGUUUUUGUCAUCCACGACUUGGUACUUUGUUUAUAUGACUCUCUGUAUCCAAGUCUAACCUGCUGAUUCAAUUUACUUUUUAACCUGAUAGUCAAUGAAGUGAGGAUGCCGGAGCGGGCUGCCAUCUGCCUCUGAGCACUAGGCCAAUUAGGUGUAUGACAGGCCUAUUGUCUCUUACUCACCUGCUACCCCAGAGCUCGUGGGACCCAUGCGCCUGUCAUCUAUGUCUAUAUAAAAAUAAAAAAAACUGUUACCCUCCAAAAAGUCCUUCAUAAACCUUUUAAUUUCCACAUGUAGGAAGCUAAGUGUUUGUGUUUUCCAAUAAUCUACUUGGGUAGUAGGUGAGUCAGACCAGUGGUUCCCAACUAUCCCCCAGACCAGUGGUUCCCAACUAUCCCCCAGACCAGAGGUUCCCAACUAUCCCCCAGACCAGUGGUUCCCAACUAUCCCCCAGACCAGUGGUUCCCAACUAUCCCCCAGACCAGUGGUUCCCAACUAUCCCCCAGACCAGUGGUUCCCAACUAUCCCCCAGACCAGUGGUUCCCAACUAUCCCCCAGACCAGUGGUUCCCAACUAUCCCCCAGACCAGUGGUUCCCAACUAUCCCCAGACCAGUGGUUCCCAACUAUCCCCCAGACCAGUGGUUCCCAACUAUCCCCCAGACCAGUGGUUCCCAACUAUCCCCCAGACCAGUGGUUCCCAACUAUCCCCCAGACCAGUGGUUCCCAACUAUCCCCCAGACCAGUGGUUCCCAACUAUCCCCCAGACCAGUGGUUCCCAACUAUCCCCCAGACCAGUGGUUCCCAACUAUCCCCCAGACCAGUGGUUCCCAACUAUCCCCCAGACCAGUGGUUCCCAACUAUCCCCCAGACCAGUGGUUCCCAACUAUCCUCCAGACCAGUGGUUCCCAACUAUCCCCCAGACCAGUGGUUCCCAACUAUCCCCCAGACCAGUGGUUCCCAACUAUCCCCCAGACCAGUGGUUCCCAACUAUCCCCCAGACCAGUGGUUCCCAACUAUCCCCCAGACCAGUGGUUCCCAACUAUCCCCCAGACCAGUGGUUCCCAACUAUCCCCCAGACCAGUGGUUCCCAACUAUCCCCCAGACCAGUGGUUCCCAACUAUCCCCCAGACCAGUGGUUCCCAACUAUCCCCCAGACCAGUGGUUCCCAACUAUCCCCCAGACCAGUGGUUCCCAACUAUCCCCUAGACCAGUGGUUCCCAACUAUCCCCCAGACCAGUGGUUCCUUGACUACCAGUCAAGUGUGGCAGACUUGUUUUCAAUGUCAGGGAAGCAGGAGUUGAACUCAAUGUUGAGUUUGGAUAAAUGUGGGCUUACUAUCUGCACCAUAGGAUCACCUGUAAAAAGUUACAUGUCAAGCUGCUGGAAACAACGUAUAUCCCCAUCUUCACAUUUCCUCUCCCAUAGUUUGAUCUUCUUACAUGAAUCCACACACGUUGUCAUACAUGUUUAGAACGUGUGUGCCUUUACCUUGCAGAGUUAGAUUCAGGUUGUUCAGUUUGCUGAACACAUCUGCAAGAUAGGUAAGGCGGGCUCCCCAGUCUGUGUCCUCCAACACAUCCACAAGGGGGUGUGAGUGCUCAGACAGAAAAUCACUCACUUUGGCGCGCAGCUCAAAAAGCCUCCGUAGCGUUUUCCCUCCGGAUAGCCAACGGACGUCGAUGUGAAGCAGGAGCUGCUGGUGCUCAGUCCCACUGUCAUCACAGAGCCUUUCAAACAGUCGGCCAUUCAGAGGCCUGGACAGGAUGAAGUUCAUCACAUUCACUGCGUCAUUCAAAACAUCACGUAACUCAGGACUCAUUAUCUUGCUGGCCACUGCCUCCCUGUGAAUGAUAGAUCGGGAUUUACCUUCUUUAUGUGGGCAAUUAAUCGUUUCACUCUCCCAGGCAUUGAUGCAGCAUGAUCCGUGCACACAUGAAAACAGGAUUUCCAAUCGAGAUUGUGCUCUGAGAAAAAGCUGUCAAUAGGUGAAACACAUCCUCACCUGUAGUUCUCCCCCGUUAGCUUCUUGCAGAACAGAAUGUGCUCAUUAAUUUCUUAAAUGUCUCUGUAUCGCACACAAACGCAAUCAACUGGGCUUCCCCCUCUGACAUCAGUCGAUUCGUCCAAAUGCAGAGAAAAUGGACCGGAAUUAUGAAGAAAAAAAUUCACCAAUUGAUCAACAAUAUCAAUGACCAUGUCAUCGAUCCUACGGCAACACCAUCUUAUUUGACAAUGGUACAGUCUUCAGUUCAUCCGUUUCUGUGAGGAUAACAGCAGCUGGUCAUCUGGUGCGCGGAGCGAAGGAUCACGUGCACCGUUGAGCCAACGGGCGGGCGGCCGGGCAGAGGCCAGGUAGACAGAGCAACGCAAAAAAACUAAAGUAGAAAAGUAGACCUAUAAAUAUCAAAUAAAUACAGAUUUCACACCAGUGACCUCAAUAAAUGUUUUCAAAUUGAAUUAAAUUGAAUAUAUUUUUUUUUUGGAAAUAUUUUUCCCAAUAUUUAUUUUCUUCAUAUUUUUGAAAAUCUUCCCAUGUACCACCUGGGGACUGCCCACAUACCCCUAGGGGUACGCGUACCCUCGGUUGGGAUACACUGCCCUAGACCAUCCCCAAGCUAUCCCCUGGACCCCUCAAACUCAACUCUGGACCCCAAAGCCAGUUCCAUUGCGUUUUUUCAUCGUUCCCCUCUAAUGAUUUAGACCUUGGACACCAGGAGGGUGCAAUUAAUUAUCAGGUAGAACAAAAAACCAGCAGGCUCCGAAACCUCGCAGGGGUAAGAGUUGAAUACCCCUGCCCUAGACCAGCCCCAAGCUAUCCCCUAGAACAGCCCCACGCUAUCACCUAGACCAGGACUGUCCAACUCUGUUCCUGGAGAGCUACCCUUCUGUAGGUUUUCGCUCCAACCCCAGGUGUUACUAACCUGAUUCAUCUUAUCAACCUGCUAAUUAUUAGAAUCAGGUGUGCUAGAUUAGGGUUGGAGCAAAAACCUACAGGACGGUAGCUCUCCUGGAACAGAGUUGGGCAGUACUGCCUGGACCAUCCCCAAGCUAUCUCCUGGACCAUCCCCAAGCUAUCCUCUGGACCAUCCCCAAGCUAUCCCCUGGACCAUCCCCAAGCUAUCCCCUGGACCAUCCCCAAGCUAUCCCCUGGACCAUCCCCAAGCUAUCCCCUGGACCAUCCCCAAGCUAUCCCCUGGACCAUCCCCAAGCUAUCCCCUGGACCAUCCCCAAGCUAUCUCCUGGACCAUCCCCAAGCUAUCCCCUGGACCAUCCCCAAGCUAUCCCCUGGACCAUCCCCAAGCUAUCUCCUGGACCAUCCCCAAGCUAUCCCCUGGACCAUCCCCAAGCUAUCCCCUGGACCAUCCCCAAGCUAUCCCCUGGACCAUCCCCAAGCUAUCCCCUGGACCAUCCCCAAGCUAUCCCCUGGACCAUCACCAAGCUAUCCCCUGGACCAUCCCCAAGCUAUCCCCUGGACCAUCCCCAAACCACUAUACUCAUCUUUCUCACACUCACACUUGUCUUUUCAGCACUGAUUUUGCAGAUAGGGUUUUUUUGGAAAAAGGUUUUACUUUCAAUGACUGUGAUAUGUGGUUGUUUUACCUACCUUUGUUGCACUGAUUGUAAGUUGCUCUGGAAAAGAGUGUCUGUUAAAUGACUAAAAGGUCAAUGUAAAAUGUCUCUCCUUUCUUCCUGUUUAGGUCAAUGACACCUUCCUAUUGGAUGUCUCCAACGGGGUCACGGAGGUCAACAGUAUCAGGAUGUCCGUGGACAUCAUCGCCCGCCUCAUCCCUCUACAGGUAUUGUCAUUUUAGAAUUAUUGCAUUUUAGGUUUUGUAUUGUGGAAUUAUUUUGCUAUCAUAGGUUUUGUAUUGUGGAAUUAUUUUGCUAUCAUAGGUUUUGUAUUGUGCGAUGACAAUGUAUGUUUGUAAAGUGGUGUACAAAUCAAAUCAAAGUUUAUUUAUCAUAUGCACAGGAUUCAGUGUGAACGGUGCAAUGAAAGGCUUACAAUUCAGUCUAUGACUGCGAGCUACCAAUAAACGCUAUUCUACUACUACAGGUGUUGAACUUCACCCUCAGAGAGGGCGGGUCCAAGGCUUUGACCCAGGAAGUGCUCAGGGUCACCAACCGACACUUCUCUGGCCUCAACUUCCUGUAUAGCUUGUCUGAGCCCCCGCAGAAUGGCCACAUUGAACACUCACAUUACCCCGGGGUUCCUGUACGGUCUUUCACCAGACGCCAGGUAACAGAAGACACUAUCUCUCUCUCUGUCAUGCAGUCUUUCUUCAUCAGGCAGGAAAAUAUGUUCUCCAACGAUUGUUCAUAUUUUGAUUGUUUUUGCGGAUUGUUCAAACGCCAUGCUCUACCAACUGAGCUACAGGGGACUAACAUCAGAGAAGAAUAUAUAGCCUACACAAUCUAAAAACGGAUCAUAUAUUAGCACCACAGGAUCCUCAGUGUUUCAUUGGUUUAGUUUCUCAGGUGGAGUAAUCAAGCUAAUUAUUGAUGAUGAUAACACUUUAUAAGCAGUUUAUAGACACUUGUAACACGCCUUACAAUGCUGUAUGAAUGCUUCAUAAUUAAUUAUACCUGUAUGCCUUAAUCUACUAUGCACCUAACAUAAGGACUUCAUAACCCAUACAUAAGCAUUUCUUAAAUGAAUCUAAUUGUUUAUUUUUAGGCUCUUAACUUUCUCGCCCUAUGACCCCUCUAGGUGGAGCAGGGGCUAAUCUACUACAUCCAUGACAGCAGUGAGACGUUAGAAGACAACUUCACUGUGGUGGCCAACGACACAGGCCUGAGGAAACAGAGCUCUCCCUGCACCGUGUACAUCCAGGUCACAGCUGUCAACGACCAGCCUCCAGUCAUCACUGCCAACAGGGUUCUCAGGGUGAGUCCUCCAGUCAUCACUGCCGACAGGGUUCUCAUGGUGAGUCCUCCAGUCAUCACUGACCAACAGGGUUCUCAUGGUGAGUCCUCCAGUCAUCACUGACCAACAGGGUCCUCAGGGUGAGUCCUCCAGUCAUCACUGCCGACAGGGUUCUCAUGGUGAGUCCUCCAGUCAUCACUGACCAACAGGGUUCUCAGGGUGAGUCCUCCAGUCAUCACUGACCAACAGGGUUCUCAGGGUGAGUCCUCCAGUCAUCACUGCCGACAGGGUUCUCAGGGUGAGUCCUCCAGUCAUCACUGACCAACAGGGUUCUCAGGGUGAGUCCUCCAGUCAUCACUGCCGACAGGGUUCUCAGGGUGAGUCCUCCAGUCAUCACUGACCAACAGGGUUCUCAGGGUGAGUCCUCCAGUCAUCACUGACCAACAGGGUUCUCAGGGUGAGUCCUCCAGUCAUCACUGACCAACAGGGUUCUCAGGGUGAGUCCUCCAGUCAUCACUGCCGACAGGGUUCUCAGGGUGAGUCCUCCAGUCAUCACUGCCGACAGGGUUUUCAGGGGAGGCUAGCUGGGCUGGGGGAGGCUAGCUGGGCUGGGGGAGGCUAGCUGGGCUGGGGGAGGCUAGCUGGGCUGGGGGAGGCUAGCUGGGCUGGGGGAGGCUAGCUGGGCUGGGGGAGGCUAGCUGGGCUGGGGGAGGCUAGCUGGGCUGGGGAAGGCUAGCUGUGCUGGGGAAGCCAGAAGGGCUGGGGGAGUGAAAUGAAAAAAAUAACUUGUUUCAAAAAAUUCUAAAGAAAUAAAUAACGGAAAAGUGGUGCAUGCAUAUGUAUUCACCCCCUUUGCUAUGAAGCCCCUAAAUAAGAUCUGGUGCAACCAAUUACCUUCAGAAGUCACAUAAUUAGUUAAAUAAAGCCCACCUGUGUGCAAUCUAAGCUUCACAUGAUCUGUCACAUGAUCUCAGUAUAUAUACACCUGUUCUGAAAGGCUCCAGGGUCUGAAACACCACUAAGCAAAGGGCACCACCAAGCAAGCGGCACCAUGAAGACCAAGGAGCUCUCCAAACAAGUCAGGGACAAAGUUGUGGAGAAGUACAGAUCAGGGUUGGGUUAUAAAAAAAUAUCAGAAACUUUGAACAUCCCACUGAGCACCAUUAAAUCCAUUAUUAAAAAUUGUAAAGAAAUGGCACCACAACAAACCUGCCAAGAGAGGGCCGCCCACCAAAACUCACGGACCAGGCAAGGAGGGCAUUAAUCAGAGAGGCAACAAAGAGACCAAAGAUAACCCUGAAGGAGCUGCAAAGCUCCACAGCGGAGAUUGGAGUAUCUGUCCAUAGGACCACUUUAAACCGUACACUCCACAGAGCUGGGCUUUACCGGAAGAGUGGCCAGAAAAAAGCCAUUGCUUAAAGAAAAAAAUACGCAAACACGUUUGGUGUUGGUCAAAAGGCAUGUGGGAGACUCCACCAAACAUAUGGAAGAAGGUACUCUGGUCAGAUGAGACUAAAAUUGAGCUUUUUGGCCAUCAAGGAAAAUGUUAUGUCUGGUAAUAACCCAACACCUCUCAUCACCCCGAGAACACCAUCCCCACAGUGAAGCAUGGUGGUGGCAGCAUCAUACUGUGGGGAUGUUUUUCAUCGGUAGGGACUGGGACACUUGUCAGAAUUGAAGGAAUGAUGGCUGGCGCUAAAUACAGGGAAAUUCUUGAGGGAAACCUGUUUCAGUCUUCUAGAGAUUUGAGACUGGGAUGGAGGUUCACCUUCCAGCAGGACAAUGACCUUAAGCAUAAUGCUAAAACAACACUCGAGUGGUUUAAGGGGAAACAUUUUAAUGUCUUGGAAUGGCCUAGUCAAAGCCCAGACCUCAAUCCAAUUGAGCAUCUGUGGUAUGACUUAAAGAUUGCUGUACACCAGCGGAACCAAAAACAGACUAGCAGCAGCGUAUAUGAUGAUUGUAUGUGAACAUGUGUGUGUAGUCAGUAUGAAUGUGUCUGCAUGUUGUGUGUGUGUUGGAGUGUGCGUGAGUGUGUAGAGUCCCGUGCAAAAAAUAAAAAUAAACACAAGGGUCAACUCAGAUAGUCCAUGUAGCUAUUCUGUUAGCGAUUUAGCAGUCUUAUGUCUUACAUUUUAGUCAUUUAGCAGACACUCUUAUCCAGAGCGACUUACAGUUAGUGAGUGCAUACAUAUAUUUUUUCAUACUGGCCCCCCGUGGGAAUCAAACCCACAACCCUGGCGUUGCAAACGCCAUGCUCUACCGACUGAGCUACAUCCCUGCCGGCCAUUCCCUCCCCUACCCUGGACGACACUAGGCCAAUUGUGCGCCGCCCCAUGGGUCUCCCGGUCGCGGCCGGCUAUGACAGAGCCUGGAUACGAACCAGGAUCUCUAGUGGCACAGCUAGCACUGCUAUGCAGUGCCUUAGACCACUGCGCCACUCGGGAGUCUUGGGGGAUAGAAGCUGUUCAGGAGCCUGUUGGUGUCAGACUUGAUGCUUCGGUACCGCUUGCCAUGUGGAAGCAGAGAGAACAGUCUAUGGCUUGGGUGGUUGGUGUCUUUAAUGAUUUUUCGGGCCUUCCUUUCACACAGCCUGAUAUAGAGGUCCUGGAUGGUAGGGAGCUCGGUCCUAGUGAUGUACUGGGUUGUCCGCACCGCCCUCUGUAGCGCCAUGUGAUGGAGGGCGGUGCUGUUGCCAUACCAGGCGGUGAUGCAGCCAGUCAACAUGCUCUCAAUGGUGCAGCUGUAGAACUUUUUGAGGAUUUGAGGGCCCAUGCCAAACUUUUUCAACCUCCUGAGGGGGAAGAGAUUGUGCAUGUGCGUGUGGACUAUUUUAAGUCCUUAGUGAUUUGGACCCAGAGGGACUUGAACCUUUUGACCCGCUCCACUGCAGCCCCGUCUAUGUGGAUUGGGGCAUGCUGCCCCCCCCCCCCCCCCGUUUCCUUAAGGGAGUUUAACUUCCUGAAGAGAGUGCAGUUGGAAUGAAAAUUACCCAGAUAAUUGUAGAUUACUAGCCUGCUUCAAUACAUCUUAUAAAACUAGUCAUGUAGGACCUGUGUGACUGGACUAGUGGUAGUACAGGUCCUGUUAUAUACGACUGGUGGUAGUACAGGUCCUGUUAUAUACGACUGGUGGUAGUACAGGUCCUGUUAUAUACGACUGGUGGUAGUACAGGUCCUGUUAUAUACGACUGGUGGUAGUACAGGUCCUGUUAUAUAGGACUGGUGGUAGUACAGGUCCUGUUAUAUACGACUGGUGGUAGUACAGGUCCUGUUAUAUACGACUGGUGGUAGUACAGGUCCUGUUAUAUACGACUGGUGGUAGUACAGGUCCUGUUAUAUUUACAUUUACAUUUACAUUUUAGUCAUUUAGCAGACGCUCUUAUCCAGAGCGACUUACAGUUAGUGAAUACAUAUAUAUAUUUUUUUAUACUGGCCCCCCGUGGGAAUCAAACCCACAACCCUGGCGUUGCAAACGCCAUGCUCUAUCAACUGAGCUACAUCCCUGCCGGCCAUUCCCUCCCCUACCCUGGACGACGCUGGGCCAAUUGUGCGCCGCCCAUGAGUCUCCCGGUCGCGGCCGGCUGCGACAGAGCCUGGAUUCGAACCAGGAUCUCUAGUGGCACAGUUAGCACUGCGAUGCAGUGCCUUAGACCACUGCGACUGGUGGUAGUACAGGUCCUGUUAUAUACGACUGGUGGUAGUACAGGUCCUGUUAUAUACGACUGGUGGUAGUACAGGUCCUGUUAUAUACGACUGGUGGUAGUACAGGUCCUGUUAUAUACGACUGGUGGUAGUACAGGUCCUGUUAUAUACGACUGGUGGUAGUACAGGUCCUGUUAUAUACGACUGGUGGUAGUACAGGUCCUGUUAUAUACGACUGGUGGUAGUACAGGUCCUGUUAUAUACGACUGGUGGUAGUACAGGUCCUGUUAUAUAGGACUGGUGGUAGUACAGGUCCUGUUAUAUACGACUGGUGGUAGUACAGGUCCUGUUAUAUACGACUGGUGGUAGUACAGGUCCUGUUAUAUACGACUGGUGGUAGUACAGGUCCUGUUAUAUACGACUGGUGGUAGUACAGGUCCUGUUAUAUACGACUGGUGGUAGUACAGGUCCUGUUAUAUACGACUGGUGGUAGUACAGGUCCUGUUAUAUACGACUGGUGGUAGUACAGGUCCUGUUAUAUACGACUGGUGGUAGUACAGGUCCUGUUAUAUACGACUGGUGGUAGUACAGGUCCUGUUAUAUACGACUGGUGGUAGUACAGGUCCUGUUAUAUACGACUGGUGGUAGUACAGGUCCUGUUAUAUACGACUGGUGGUAGUACAGGUCCUGUUAUAUACGACUGGUGGUAGUACAGGUCCUGUUAUAUACGACUGGUGGUAGUACAGGUCCUGUUAUAUAGGACUGGUGGUAGUACAGGUCCUGUUAUAUACGACUGGUGGUAGUACAGGUCCUGUUAUAUACGACUGGUGGUAGUACAGGUCCUGUUAUAUACGACUGGUGGUAGUACAGGUCCUGUUAUAUACGACUGGUGGUAGUACAGGUCCUGUUAUAUAGGACUGGUGGUAGUACAGGUCCUGUUAUAUAGGACUGGUGGUAGUACAGGUCCUGUUAUAUACGACUGGUGGCACUGACAGUAAAAAACCUGUAAUAUUUGGGUCUGCGUCCCAAAUUACACCCUGGCUAUUAACUAUAUAGUGCACUACAUUUAACCAGAGCCCUAUUGGCCCUGAUCUCCCUGGUCAAAGGUAGUGCACUAUAAAGAGAAUGCAAGAUGGCGUCUGGCAGUAUAGUCGCCUGUCCAUCUGCUAGCUAGUUACAGUAUAUGAUUUGACACGCUCAGUUGAGUGUUGAGUGGCUGUAGACGUGUCUGUGUGUGUGUCUGUGUGUGUGUGUGCCUGUGUCUGUGUGUGUGUGUGUGUGUGUCUGUGUGUGUGUCUGUGUGUGUCUGUGUCUGUGUGUCUGUGUGUGUGUCUGUGUGUGUGUGUGUGUCUGUGUGUGUGUCUGUGUGUGUCUGUGUGUGUGUCUGUGUUUGUCUGUGUGUGUGUCUGUGUGUGUCUGUGUGUGUCUGUGUGUCUGUGUCUGUGCGUGUGUCUGUUUGUGUGUCUGUGUGUGUCUGUGUGUGUGUGUGUGUGUGUGUGUGUGUGUGUGUGGCUGUGUCUGUGUGUGUGUGUGUGGCUGUGUCUGUGUGUGUGUGUGUGGCUGUGUCUGUGUGUGUCUGUGUGUGGCUGUGUGGUUGUAGACUAACGUGUAGUUAGACUGAAGUCCAGCUGUUCAAAGUGACUGAAGUACCAGGAAGUACAGCUUUUUGUUCUCAUUAGUGCUUUGUCCUGAACGCCACACAUUCCUCUCAGCUCUUCUCUUGGUUCAGACCCUCUAAUUGAAAGAGGGGCCUCUCCUUCCUUCCACAUACCAUGGCUGUCUCAGAUUGCACCCUAUUCCAUAUAUAGUGCACUACUUUUGAUCAGAGCCCUAUGGGCCCUAAUCUCUUCUCACAGCUGCUGUAUAUGGGCCCUGACCAAAAGUAGUACACUGCAUAGGGAAUAGGGUUCCGUUUGGAACGCAGCCCAUUUGACCAUAACCUUCACGCUUAUACACAUAUCAGUGAAUUCUAGUCCGGUUUAUAUUCAAGUCAUGGUUCAAACCAUAAACGUAUCUAUCUGAAUUUUAGUCAGGUUUAUAUUCGAGUCAUGGUUCAAACCAUAAACGUAUCUAUCUGAAUUCUAGUCCGGUUUAUAUUCGAGUCAAGGUUCAAACCAUAAACGUAUCUAUCUGAAUUUUAGUCAGGUUUAUAUUUGAGUCAUGGUUCAAACCAUAAACGUAUCUAUCUGAAUUUUAGUAAGGUUUAUAUUCGAGUCAUGGUUCAAACCAUAAACGUAUCUAUCUGAAUUUUAGUCAGGUUUAUAUUCGAGUCAAGGUUCAAGCAUAAAUCAUAAAGCAAUAUAGAUCAACCGUCAAACAUCUCAUAACAUUGGUUUAAAGAGGAUUUCAAGAGGAAGCUGGUGCAUGACAUAGUGUACAUCUAUGUAUGUUAUAUACUGCAUCUUAUGAUAAGCAUCUGAUAAAGGGCUUACUCCCUUUGAAAUAAAUGUCCAUAUAUGUAUUGUAGUGUUAUGAAUGCUUGGACGUAGUGUUGAUACAUCUACAUGUUUACACUUUUAAAUUUAGAGUAAGUUAGAUCAGUGAUCAGAGGGACAGGGAGGAUCUGACAGGAGGUCAGAAGGUGGAGGAAGCUGAUCCUAGAUCAGUAGGAGUGUUGAUCUAGGAUCCGUUUUGCCUUUCAGAUCAUAAUGAAAUCAGAUUAUAUGGACAGGGAGGACCUGAUCAUAGACCAGCACUCUUACUCUGAGAUGCUCUGUGAGCAGGGGCCCAGAUCAGCUUCCUCCACCUUCUGUCCUCCUGUCCUGAGGGCUAUCCUAUAAGCAAGCUAGAUCUACUCAGGGUUUUCUAAAGCUAGCCAGCUUCAGUUAGCUUCACAUUCCAGCUCAGGAUUCAUCCGUACUACGACGGUGGAUAUUGCUCGUCCACCUGCUGCUAACUCUAGCAGGCUCGUAACUGCGCGUGCACGUCGCACGUGGCUAGCCGAACAACCGAACUCUUCGUUGAGACAACGCUGAAACAUCGAUCCACGGGCGAGUCAACGCCACAUUUUAAAUUUGUGCCAAAAUCAAAAUGAAAUAAGUUAUCUUGCAGAAGGCUGUGGUGAGAAAUAGAUUUUUAGAACACUGGUGUUGCUAUGGCACCUUUUCCCCACUCCUAUCGAUAAAAUUAUAUUAAGUCAUUACUAAAUAUAUAUAUAUAUUAAGUCAUACAAAAGUGUCACAGUGCGUGAAGUUUAAAAUGCAUUCUGUCAUUACUAAAUAUCUAAUGUGAUAUAUUUUAAUAUUACUAUUUUUUAACACACAAAAAAAACAUUUAGUUAAUAAAAUGUUUAAUCAGUCGUCUUCCUCAAAUGAAGGGGGUGAUGACACAAUCUUUGCGAGAGGGAGGGAAUCUGAUUUCAUUGGUCCUCAACUCGUGGCUCAGUCAUUUCAUUCAGGGUAAGUGGAGUUCAGUGGAGGCUGGUGGGAGGAGCUAUAGGAGGACGGGCUCGUUGUAAUGGCUGGAAUGGAAUUAAUGGAACUGAGUCAAACGUGGUUUCCAUAUGUUUGUUGUGUUUGAGACCAUUCCAUUUUUUCCAUUCCAGCCAUUACAAUGAGCCCAUCCUCUGAUAAUUUCCUCCCACCAGCCUCCUCUGGUGGAGUUAGCUGUGAGUUAGCCUGCCCCAGAGUAGGUUAGUUCUGAAGGAUUCAUUGCCAUAGAAAUUUACUUGGCUUUCGUAUGACCGGUUAUCCCAAGUUGAACUCAGAGUUGACCAAAGUUACCUUGCUAAGUCCUCAAAUCUCUUUCGUAGGAUACCCUUCUGGUAGACAACCCUUCUGGUAGACAACCCUCUGGUAGAUAACCCUCUGGUAGAUAACCCUCUGGUAGAUAACCCUCUUGGUAGAUAACCCUCUGGUAGAUAACCCUCUGGUAGAUAACCCUCUGGUAGAUAACCCUCUGGUAGACACCCCUCUGGUAGAUAACCCUCUUGGUAGAUAACCCUCUGGUAGAUAACCCUCUGGUAGAUAACCCUCUGGUAGAUAACCCUCUGGUAGAUAACCCUCUGGUAGACACAGAGACCCAUGUCUUUCUAGUAAUGGGGAUAGAUACAGUAGCUGGUAUUGGGUUCAAUGAGUCCACAAGGUGGCUCUCUGUAACCACUUUACUCAUGCUAUUGUUCUACACCAGGGUUCUUCAAUUCCGGUCCUGGAGGGCCGAAACACCUCUGUUUUUCAUCCUCUCCUUCUAAUCAGGGGCUAAUUCAGACCUGGGACACCAGGUGAGUGCAAUUAACUACCAGGUAGAAAUAAAAAACAGAAGUGUUUCGGCUCUCCAGGACCGGAAUGGCCUAGUCAAAGCCCAUAUAUGUACAGUGGGGAAAAAAAGUAUUUAGUCAGCCACCAAUUGUGCAAGUUCUCCCACUUAAAAAGAUGAGAGAGGCCUGUAAUUUUCAUCAUAGGUACACGUCAACUAUGACAGACAAAUUGAGGAAAAAAAAUCCAGAAAAUCACAUUGUAGGAUUUUUUAUGAAUUUAUUUGCAAAUUAUGGUGGAAAAUAAGUAUUUGGUCACCUACAAAGAAGCAAGAUUUCUGGCUCUCACAGACCUGUAACUUCUUCUUUAAGAGGGUCCUCUGUCCUCCACUCGUUACCUGUAUUAAUGGCACCUGUUUGAACUUGUUAUCAGUAUAAAAGACACCUGUCCACAACCUCAAACAGUCACACUCCAAACUCCACUAUGGCCAAGACCAAAGAGCUGUCAAAGGACACCAGAAACAAAAUUGUAGACCUGCACCAGGCUGGGAAGACUGAAUCUGCAAUAGGUAAGCAGCUUGGUUUGAAGAAAUCAACUGUGGGAGCAAUUAUUAGGAAAUGGAAGACAUACAAGACCACUGAUAAUCUCCCUCAAUCUGGGGCUCCAUGCAAGAUCUCACCCUGUGGGGUCAAAAUGAUCACAAGAAUGGUGAGCAAAAAUCCCAGAACCACACGGGGGGACCUAGUGAAUGACCUGCAGAGAGCUGGGACCAAAGUAAUAAAGCCUACCAUCAGUAACACAUUACGCCGCCAGGGACUCAAAUCCUGCAGUGCUAGACGUGUCCCCCUGCUUAAGCCAGUACAUGUCCAGGCCCGUCUGAAGUUUGCUAGAGUGCAUCCAGAAGAGGAUUGGGAAAAUGUCAUAUGGUCAGAUGAAACCAAAAUAGAACUUUUUGGUAAAAACUCAACUCGUCGUGUUUGGAGGACAAAGAAUGCUGAGUUGCAUCCAAAGAACACCAUACCUACUGUGAAGCAUGGGGGUGAAAACAUCAUGCUUUGGGGCUGUUUUUCUGCAAAGGGACCAGGACGACUGAUCCGUGUAAAGGAAAGAAUGAAUGGCCCCAUGUAUCGUGAGAUUUUGAGUGAAAACCUCCUUCCAUCAGCAAGGGCAUUGAAGAUGAAACGUGGCUGGGUCUUUCAGCAUGACAAUGAUCCCAAACACACCGCCCGGGCAACGAAGGAGUGGCUUCGUAAGAAGCAUUUCAAGGUCCUGGAGUGGCCUAGCCAGUCUCCAGAUCUCAACCCCAUAGAAAAUCUUUGGAGGGAGUUGAAAGUCUGUGUUGCCCAGCGACAGCCCCAAAACAUCACUGCUCUAGAGGAGAUCUGCAUGGAGGAAUGGGCCAAAAUACCAGCAACAGUGUGUUAAAACCUUGUGAAGACUUACAGAAAACGUUUGACCUGUGUCAUUGCCAACAAAGGGUAUAUAACAAAGUAUUGAGAAACUUUUGUUAUUGACCAAAUACUUAUUUUCCACCAUAAUUUGCAAAUAAAUUCAUUAAAAAUCCUACAAUGUGAUUUUCUGGAUUUUUUUCUCUCAUUUUGUCUGUCAUAGUUGACGUGUACCUAUGAUGAAAAUUACAGGCCUCUCUCAUCUUUUUAAGUGGGAGAACUUGCACAAUUGGUGGCUGACUAAAUACUUUUUUUCCCCACUGUAUAUGGGUAAGGUGACUAGGCAACAGGAUAUAAGAUAAACAGAGUAGCAGCAGCUUGUAUGAUGAUUGUAUGAUGAUUGUUGCUGUUUUCUCCCUCUGUGAUUUCCUUUGAAGCCUCACAUUAGAGGUGUACUUCCUGUGGAUACAGACACACACACACACACACACAAACACACCUAAUGCACCCACACUCACACACAGGUCCUUUGAGGUCUGACCUCCCCUGUGGUGACUAGAUGUUGACCUCUCCUGUGGUGACUAGAUGUUGGCCUCUCCUGUGGUGACUAGAUGUUGACCUCGCCUGUGGUGACUAGAUGUUGACCUCUCCUGUGGUGACUAGAUGUUGACCUCUCCUGUAGUGACUAGAUGUUGACCUCUCCUGUGGUGACUAGAUGUUGACCUCUCCUGUAGUGACUAGAUGUUGGGUGUCACAGCCUGUUCAUUUCAAGUCAGGUGAUAAUUGAAAAGUGUGUGUGCGCGCGCAAGCAUGUGUUAAAGACAAGCUUAGUCAGGACAUGAAAAGCCAAGCCACAGGUCAGAGUUCACUGCAAUGAUUAUUACUGCUGUUAGUUCUGUUUGAAAUACCACUUAUGCGCACUAAGCAGGCUUCACUUGCUUCCGAUAACAGUUGGGUCUUGGCCGGGUUACAGUAAAGCCCUAUGUGACAAAAGUUGUUGUAAAGAAUGCUUUUAAACAAUGUGGGAUUGUGAUGUAUAUUAGAAUCGAACAAUACAAAAUAUGUAUUUUUUUUAAAGGCCUUUGAAAUGUGAUUGAUUUGAUUGGUUGCCUCCUUAAGUGGGGGAUUGAUUUAAUUGGUUGUCCCCUCAGGUGUGGGAGGGGUCGGUGACAGAGAUCCGCCCUGAGGAUUUGGAUGCCCAGGAUGAGGACACGCCCCCUGAGGAGCUGCAGGUGACCGUGACUCCGCCCAGCAAUGGCCACCUGGCGCUGAAGAGCGCCCCCGCCAGGCCGCUCCUGAACUGCACCCUGAAACACAUCCAUCUGGGACAGCUGCUGUUCGUCCACAGUGGUAAGACCUGAGCCCUAUACUACGGAUGUAGUUUGAGGAGUUAGCGAGGUAACUUUGGUCAACUCUGUUCAACUUGGGAUAACUGGUACCACGAAUGUGGCUCACCUUUUAGCAAGGCAAAUUUCUAUGGCAAUGAAUCCUUCAGAACGAACCUGCUCCGGGGCAGGCUAACUCAGGGCUAACAACAUCUAUCCUGAAUGAAGUGUCUGGGCCGCAAGUCGAGGACCAAUGAAAUCAGAUUCCCUCCCUCUCACAAAGAUUGCAUCCUUCUCACCCCCCCCCCACUGGCUAUCAUAAGUUGAAUGUACCAAUUUGUAAGUCGUUCUGGAUAAGAGCGUCUGCUAAAUGAUAACAAUUAUUUUAUCAUAGGACUGGUUUGAUAAGCAUACCAAAGUAAUAGACAGCACUUCUUUUUUUUUACUGAUAUCCAACUGGUAGUUACAGUCUUGUCCCAUCGCUGCAACUCCCCUACGGACUCGGGAGAGGCGAAGGUCGAGAGCCACAGCCCUGCCAAGCCGCACUGCUUCUUGACACACUGCUCGCUUAACCCAGAAGCCAGCCGCACCAAUGUGUCGGAGGAAACACCGUACAACUGCGACCGAAGUCAGCGUUCAUGCGCCAGGCCCGCCACCGGAAUCACAAGGACAUCCCGGCCGGCCAAACCCUCCCCUAACCCGGACGACACUGGGUCAAUUGUGCGCCACCUCAUGGGUCUCCCAGUCGCAGCCUGGGAUCGAACCCGGGUCUGUAGUGAUGCCUCUAGCGCUGCGAUGCAGUGCCUUAGACCGCUGCGCCACUCGGGAGUCCGCCUAAAGACAGCACUUCUAAAAGUCUGUUUCACGCCACAGCCUGCUGAAUUUGCAAGAUAACUUCUUUCAUUUUGAUUUUGGCACAAAAAUGAAAAUGUGGCAUUGACUCGCCCAUGGAUCGAUGUUUCAGCGUUGUCUCAACGAAGAGUUCGGUUGUUCGGCUAGCCACGUGCGACGUGCACACGCAGUUACGAGCCUGCUGGAGUUAGCGGCAGGUGGACGAGCAAUAUCCACCGUCGUAGUACGGAUUAAUCCUGAGCUGGAAUGUGAAGCUAACUGAAGCUGGCUAGCUUUAGAAAACCCUGAGUAGAUCUAGCUUGCUUUAUAGGAUAGCCCUCAGGACAGGAGGACAGAAGGUGGAGGAAGCUGAUCUGGGCCCCUGCUCACAGAGCAUCUCAGAGUAAGAGUGCUGGUCUAGGAUCAGGUCCUCCCUGUCCAUAUAAUCUGAUUUCAUUAUGAUCUGAAAGGCAAAACGGAUCCUAGAUCAACACUCCUACUCUAAGACACUUGAUAACUACACCCCCUGAAGGACUUUGUCUUGGGGCAGAAGGUAACCAGAGGUGAUUGUGUUGUUCCCUCUAAAGGUGCCAUGUCGGGAGGGUUCACCUUCCAGGUGAACGACGGGGUGAACUUUGCCCCCCGCCAGAUCUUCAGCAUCACAGCCAGCACCCUGGUCCUCAGUCUGGAGAAUAACAAGCCCCUCAAGGUGUUCCCAGGUAACCUCUAAGUCCUUCAACCCCCUAACCCAGGUUACAGCCUGCCCCCUGGUCCUCAGUAUGGAGAACAACCAGCCCCUCAAGGUGUUCCCAGGUAACCUCUAAGUCCUAACCUUCUACCCCCUAACCCAGGUUACAGACUGCCCCCUGGUCCUCAGUCUGGAGAAUAACCAGCCCCUCAAGGUGUUC